AUUUCUUUGAGUUGGAAAACUGCAGCUCCUCAGGAGCUGUUGAGCAUAAUUCAGCAGCUCUGUCCUGCCUUUUCUCUCUCAUUACAUCUACUUCAGUCUAAGAUGUACUUGCGGUGAAGGUACAAGGUAGAUGUACUUGUAGCUAGGUAUCAAAAGUCCUUUUUGAGAUUUUUAAGCAUCUUUGUGCUGUCGUUCAGAUCUUUUCCUGCUUUGCCCAAGUACAGGUCAAGCCAAAUCUGAACUUCAGGAGGUAAAAUCUGCAAGUGAAAAGCCCUGAUUGAACCUUCCUGUCUUACCUUUUUUCCCCUGAGAUGUGUAGUUGUAGCAGACGUUUCUUCUGUUUUCUUGUCCACCUGAAAUUAAAUGUAACUGUAAGAUUUAAAAUAUAAAGAUGAUGCCCCAUUUGUAAAUAUUUGGAAGCUACAAUUAGGUCAAUUUGGGACUUUUUAGCACACUUUUAAAAAAAUUUCCUUAAUAAUUUUUUUAUUAUGUAUGCAUUAAACAUAGCAGCAGUAGCUUUGAAAAAGAAAUCUGCCAAUUUAUAGUCAUAGAAAGAUUUCCCUACAACGUUAGAUCAUAAUCAUAAUAGUAAUAAUGAUAAACCAAAUUGCAUUUUUUAAAACAAGGUUCCAAAGUGCUUUGAAAAAUAAAAUAGAUGAGAAAUGUGAGGAAAACAAUGACUGAAGAUUUAAAACUUUGAACUAAACAAAAAAUGUGUAACGCAGAUUAAUUGAUAAAAACACAUAAAAGAUAGAUUCAUGGCAGAAAUGAGAAAGAAAUAAAGUAGAACAAAAAGUUUUGAACUACCAAAACCGAAGACCACCCUAAAGAAAUCAAAAAUACUAAUAUAUAAGAGGGAUUAAAACAAUGUCAGGGGGGGAAAAAAAGUUAAAAAUAGAAUAGAAAUACAAAAUAGUCUGUUCCAUAAUGAUCAAUGUCUACAAUAAAAAAAUCUUAAUUCAACUUUACAUAUUUUAAAUUGUAAAAAACUCCCCUUGUUUUGAAUUUACCUUCAGGGAUAAAUAAAGUCCUUAUUCUUAUUGUUUCUUCCGCUGCUGCUUUGAGUCCAAGUGCAGCUCCCUCCAACUCAGAUCUUCUACCUCUAGAGGUCAGUAUAAACUCAAUCUCCACCGUUCAGUCAGUGACCUGGCUGAUAGCUGAGCAUGUGGUGGUGAUGUUAUCAUGUUAUUAUGAAAAACUGCUCAUUCAGAGCAGAUGAAGUAGAAAAUAAGAUAAGAUAGAUGUAACUAAAACUGACAACAUAAUCUUGAGAUUAUUUGCAGUUUUAAUCAGGAGAUAACUCUCUGUUGUUUAUAGUCAAAGUACUCUAGGAUGUGGUGAAUCAUGAAAAACUUGUUGACACUUGAGUAAAAUCCCAUUGAUAUCUAUACGGUUUGUUGUCAGAGUGUAAAUUGUUCGCUGUUAAAAUAAUUUUCAAAGCUAAAAUGGACAUCUGUUUUAACACAAGACCACAAGCUUUGGUUAGUGCAGACAUGAUCAAUGUAAGAUGUAUUCAUCAUGAGUAGAUCACAAGAGAGUAAAAAGUGAAACCCUAUCUCCUUAACUCGCCUGCAAAAAUAACUUUUUUCAAUGCUACUUCUGUUAGUUUUGAAAUAUGCUUUGUUUGGUUUGUUUCAUGCAAUUCGAUUCAAAAAUCUGAGAAAUAUACUUUUAUGUCGUAUGUGGUUUAAUUUAAAUGAUCAUUAAAUAUGAAAAUCCUACAAAUCCAAGUGUAGAUAUAAAAUUAUUUGUUGCUUGUACUUUUUGGUUUUGUUUUCACUCAUAAAAUAUUCAAAAAGUACAGUCUAGCUAAAACUAAGUAUUUAUAAAUAAUUUAUUUAAACUCAUAUUAAUAUUCAACAUUUAUUUUCUUUGUUUGAUUGUAUGUAUUGCUCUGAACCAGCAGACUGAGGUUAGUUUGUUGUAUGAGAAACUUUUCUGAUUUUUCAUGAUUUAAAAAAAAAAAGGUUCUAAAUAAGCCUUUUUUUUUAAUGAAACUGUGGAAUCACAAAGUGAAUGGUGUUCAACUUUGAGCAUCGAUGAAUAUCAGCAAUAAAAGCGUUUGGUAUCUCAAUGUUCCGUCUAAAUCAGGAUCUAUAUUUUAUUUUAUUUUAUUUUAUCUUAUUUCUACUGUUUUUAAUUACAUAUUGAAUUACAUCUGAUGUAAAUAAAAAGAUUUUUAAAAUUUGACAGAGCCAGCGCCAUGGUAACUGUCAGGCUCAGUGAUUAUGAGGACUGUCGCAGGCUGGACUGAUCUGCAGCAGCACAAACAUCCACCCGGUGAGGUCAGAUAAGCCCGGCGGGCGGCGCAUUGCUACCUGGCUGGGAUCCUGCUCGGCUUCCCACACAGAGUUUGAGAAGUGCUUUGGACUUCCUGGUACGGGACCAUGGACAUUUUCUAGCUCCAGUUUGUCGGGGGAUAUACUACCUGUCGCGAUGUGAUCGAGGAGGACCCGUCGAGUUUAGAGCAAAGGUAAGCCUUCUCCCCGGUGUUGUCGGUUCGCGUUGGGACAGAUGGAACUUGUCGAGUCCGAGAAAUGCAUCUGUCAGAGCGAACGGUCGCGGUACUGCGGGGCUGAAUGACGGUGGCUCAUUAACGGUCGCUUGUCAAAGUGAUAACGAACAUGGCGUCGCGGGUUUUGAGACUUUUUUGGAGGUUUUUGUGGAACUGGUUGGGUAGUUUUACGGUUUAACAAAGAGGUUAUAAUGGGUUUUACCAUUGUAAACUUUGUGCUUAUUUGUAUUCACCGAGGCCUACCUAGCCAAACCCACCAACGUUCAACAGUCGGAGCACAACAGGGGGGCUUCCGGUAUCAUCUUACAAAAUAAAUGUCUCAUUCAAACGCUAGUUUCAGUGUGUUUUAAUGGUUAAAACUUGAUGUUCUCGCAAAAUAUUGUGUGUUUAUAUCAGAGGCAAGUCAUUCCAGCAAGUAAAUUGUUUCAACCAUGGUCUUUAAAGUUCAAUAUUAAAACUGUAGUGAUUAAAUUUAAUGUAAGUAUGAGUGUAAACAUCAGCGAGAGGUUCAUUCUAACUUCUUUCAGACAAAGCAAGAAUGAAAAACUAAAAGUAAGCAAAAAACAAACAAACUAAAGAGUUGCGGCAUCAUCUGAGCAUAAAACCUAACCGUAAAAUAAAAUGAAAACACAACUAUCAUAUCCCUGAGUUGGCAUGUACCUUGUUUUUUAUUUUUUUUUUUUUUUGUUAUUUUAUUUUUGGUGCAAGUUUUCAAGUACAAACAAACUGUCUGAGAGCUCAAGUUUUUCUUUUAUUUUUUAUUCAUCAAUUUUAGAAUUCUUUAAAAAGGCUAGUCACCCAUUUUUGCAGUUUGCGUAACUUCUUUCAGACAAAGCAAGUAUGAAAAAUUAAAGUAAGCAAAAAAAAAAAAAAAAGGAAGAAAAAGAAAAAAUCCUUAAAGUUGCAGCAUCAUUGGAGCAUAAAAUAUAACUUUAAAAUAAAACAAAAACACAACUAUCAUCCCUGAUAGUAGGCAUGUACCUUGUUUUAUUUAUUUAUUUUUUAAUUUUAGUGCAAAUUCUUAGGAACAAAGUUUUUCUUCCAUUUUUUCUUUUUAUUUAUUUAUUUAUUUUUCAAAAGAAGGCUAGUCACCCAUUUUUGCAAUUUCAAUCGUUUAUAAAGUGAACAUGGGCCAUAAAUACAACUUUGGAUAUAUGAGUGAUUAUCACCCUACGCUGCUAAGUGAACAAUAAGAAACACAAACACGGCCCUUUAAACUAAAAUGGAAGGAAAUCAAUCAUUACUUUAUUCAGAAAGAUAAAAAUGAUACCUCGCCUUAUGCCAGUUAUUAGAUUUGAGUGCAAGGCUUUAUGGUUUUAUGUUGAAAGUCGAGUCGCUUUAAAUCCGGUCUUUUUCCAGUUGAAUGUUUAAAACUUGACGCCCCCGAAACCCCCAAGGCUGCCUCCCGCAACGGAAUCAAUGUGGCCGAAGUCCCAACCACGGCCUCCUAUUGGCUGUUGCCCUGAGCUCCGAAGCCUCUGAUUGGUUCUGACGGUCCAUCACUCACUUUCAUGAUCUGGGAGCUGCUGCUGCUGCAAUUGUAGCUCCUGAAUGACCGAAACGCUUGUUUUCCUAUGUUGAAAUUAGUGAAAUAACGCGGAUAAAGGCCCGGCAGCACUCUCACGGGAUUUUAGACGUUGUUUCAACUAAAGUUAAGCGCAUUAACUUGUAUUUUGCCCCUGCGAGAGUGGUUAAGAGUUACCUUUGCAGCGAGGUGCGUUAAACUCAACAAAACUACUUUGUUAGCGGAUGUGAGGCGAUAUAGUUUUCAAAGUAAAAGCUGAACCGUGUUGUCACAGUAUUCUUUAUCAAAUACCUAUCUCAAGCUAUAAACGUUUUUUACUAUAGUACAUCAUCUAGUAAUUUAAUAACAUUAGAAAUUUGUGUAUGCUCGGAACAAAUCGUGUGUUAAGUCUUUCUCAAGGCUAUUGUGAUUUUAUUUUGAAAAGCUUGACAGGAAGUUACAUGAAUCAAUGUCGUGCACUUGAUGAUGAUGUUUCCUCUCUAUCCUUCCUAUCCCACUUCAGGAUAAUGCGGCUUAUCGCUGUCAGGGGCUUUACAGUUUCAGAAUACAAGCCGUGUAGAGCAGCAUGUAGAGGUGGCAUUAAGGCCUGAAACUGUGUAAUACAGAGUCAACCAGUUGUUCUUAUGUUUUUGAACCAAAUAAACCUCUAGUAUCAAGUAAAAUAACCAAAAACUUUGAGAAAAACAACUCUCCUGUAAGAGAAAUGUGCUCAUUCUAACACAAACCUUCAUUUUCACGCUAUUAUUUUCAGCGUAGAGUUGUCCAAGAUCUGUUUUUUUGUUGUUUUUCCUCCACAUAGCUUCAUCUUUGGUAUUUAGUGUGAGCCUGCGCUGAAAUGAUCGGCAUGUCAGGAUGUGUCAGGGUCAGACUAUUUGCUUUAUCAGCUCUUAUUUGGAGCCAUUGUGUCACUGCUACCGAGUUGCUUUUCAGGGAUCAGCCCUUUCCCAGCUCUGAUACAAAUGAAAGAGAUAAGAGAGGCUAAGUUUAGGCAACAUUCCUGGAAGAGAAGACUCCUGUAACACUAAACUGAUGCUGUUACUAAUAAAGUAAUGAGGUAAACAUCAAAUAACCGCAGAAAAUUGAGGCUAUUUGGCUUUGAACCUGAAACCAAGUUGCAAACUAAGCGUGUAAGGCUGGCUUCAGCUUUAUAGAGUUCUUUAACAUCAAUCGAAGCUGCAGCAUGUCUUUGACAGUCAUCCAUAUGCAACCUAAUUGAAACCCCCUGAUGCACCAAACAUGAAAAUCACCUUGAAAUGCUUGCGCAAGGGUCAAAAAGUUGCACCAAAGCCUGGUUUUAACUCCAUUUAACCCUAGAACACUAUUGCCAAAAUAAGAAACACCAUCACUAUCGCCGGAUGAGUUUUACCUGAAAUAAAGAAAAAGUACUUAUCAACAACAUAGGACAAUACAUGACGAUUUUAAGUAGUUUUCUUCCAUUUUCAACUGUGGAAUGUCCAAAGGGAGAGAAAAAAGUGCCAUGAGGGGACCAUAUAAAAAUGCAACAAAAUAACUAAAAUUAGGCAUUCAUGAACAAAAAAUUCCUAACAAAAAAUAAAAAAUAGAAACUGUAAACUGAGUUUCUUUUCCACCCAUUCCUGGGGCAUGUGAAUCUUCCCUGGUGAAGACUCAGGGUCCUUGGCACAAUAACAGCUGCAGGAGAGAGAACCAAAAUAUGGCAGAUUUUGAGUGGUAAAAACGACCAGCCGACUAAAAUAUUUCUUAUCACUAUAUGAAUUCCCUUGAAAACCACUUCUUUGUGAUAGUUAUUGAUAACCAUGGCGCUAAAUAAAGAUAGCAUGCAAAUUCCAGGACCACUCUUACUGACCUUAUUUCUUAUAUGCAGCUAUAAAAUCCCGCCAAACCUACUUUACCCUCUAUCACUAUUGUCGGGUAAAAAUCACCCGAACACAUGCCUGUAGGAAAAAGUGGGUUUUGGAUCAGGGAAACAAAUAUGCCUUCAAAGAUGUCAAAGGUAAUGCUGACGCUACCCAGAGACCCGUGAUACUCAGACAAACACAACAUAAUAAAAAUCACGUAAACAUGUUUGGUCAGGCGAAAAUCCCCCGACGAUAGUUUUCUAGGGUUAAACGCUAAUACAGUGUGCAAUUUCUGUGCCAGUCUUUUCUUCUUCCUCUUCUCCUCUUGUUUUUGCACAGGACUACCCCUAAGUUUAUUGGUGUUGGAGCUGAUAAAUGCUUAUCAAAACUGCAAUUAUUGCUAAGAAGAAAAGACCGGAGACGAAAAUCCAAUCCCACCUAGAAGACCAGUUGUCUCACAGGGGUUUUUGUCUGUGUUGUUUUGACACUUAGUCACAUAAGAAUGUGCACAUCCUGCUCCAUAUGUCAGCUUCUGUGUAGGUAUGGGGCUGUGCAAACCUUUGGCAUGUGCAUAGGUUUCAAUCAGGCUACAAACAUGCAAAACUUGCAUACACAUUCUGCACUUUAAUGUGAGAAUCAACCCUCUAUACCAGCAGGGAAGUUUACAACACAGAAUACUAUUCAUUAUAAUAGAAUGAAAUCAGCGUCCUCCUCAGUCUCACUUAUUACUCUGAUAGUUUUAUACCAUUGCUACAUCAAAUGAUGCUUGCUUUGAGGAGGUUAGUUUUAAAACACAAAAACAAUCAUAGACACUGAUAUUCCCCUCACUGAGUCACCCUCACAGCCCCGCCAUCUUUUAGUUUUAGCCUGUCUCUGGAUAAAAACCCGGAGCUGCAGUUCCUCUAAAACCUGAUUGGCCUUUGUGUCACACAGCCGCCAUUGUCAACACUUGACCUUUUUACAUAGACCCUCCUGCUGGGUUUUAUACAUUGCUGCUGUUCUGUUUGGCAUUUUCGAGCAUGAGUCAGUGUGAGGCCCCCCCGCUAAUAAUAGUUAACUACAGCGAGCGAUUUCCCUCCAGACUUGAUUCGUCUUAGUUUAAGUGUUUAGACUGACAUUUAGACAGUUAAGGGCUGUUUCAUUAUAAGAGCACGUUUCAGUAACAACGAAAUCCAGAGUGAUUCACACAGAACACCAAAAGCAUCGUGACUUAAGAAGGACUUCUAAAGUAUUUGCAACAACUCAGGAAAAAGUUGUUUUAGCUGCAACUUUUGCUUUGAUAUGUCCAACUGUGUCACCUUGAAAUCUGUUUUUUUUUCAGACAAACAUUGCAAAAAGGACUUUUUUUUUUAAAGAGAAAAGUUAAAAAAGGGAAAAUAACUUUGAUUUGACAAGCUAGAACUUGCAAACGUUGACAUUUGUCCACAUUAAAUUACUUGAAAUGACUGUUUGAGCUCUGAUUUAAUCAAAAAGUCUAAUUAAAUCUUUUUUUGAUUGAAGAAGGUGCACAGUUGAGUUGAAUUAUUUUGAAAUUCAGCUGAAAAUGUCGGACUUCCUGCUGGGUUGUCCUUUUUGGUGAAGGAAGGUUCUUAAUCGAGUGAAACCACCCACCAGUCUUUGGUUGGCAGCCAUGAUAAGAGCAGUUUGAUUUCUUUGAAAGAUAAGAAAAGGAGCUUCACUGCUUCCUUUAUAAUCUCCUUUUGCGUGAAAUACCAUCCUUUAGGAAAGGAGAGAAGGAGAAAUGACCCAUAACUUUUUGCGCAUAAAGUUACGCCCAGCUUGAUGUGCAUGACAACAAACAAUCAGCAUGGGAGCAGCUGAUCUGAAAGUCACUUUUUGGACUUUUCAGUUACACCCAUGACUGUAGGGAACUUUUUUGUAGGUCUGGACUAAAUACAUUUGCCUACCUUCUUUUUUUUCGACCAGUCAAGGUGCUGAAGUUAUGGACGUUUUAAGGCGAGCUACGGAGCAAAUUUGCUGCACAAAUUCACGCACAUAUUUCUUCUACUGAUGAGCAGAGUGUGCAAAUUUUGUUGACUUUUGGGGCGUGUUAGAGUUGCCAAAUAUUUGAUUUAUCUAGAUAGGUAGAAAGAAAAAAUGAGUCCUUGCGUUGCACUGCCUUGGUUGGGCUCUCAUCAAUGAAAUCGCAGAAAUUAGUCCCGUACACUAGCUGUCUCGGCAGAAAACGUUCCCUUCCUCCGUGUGAUUUCCUGUGUUUAGCCCUCAGGAAAUGUCAGACUGGAGGUGACUUUGCUAAAUUAGUUUUCUGAUCUAACUGUGACGCUCAAAUUGGCUAAAAGACAUAAAAUGUAGGAAAAAGAAAUAAGUUGGAAGUCGGAGGCAGCUGUGGGAUGACUCCCAGUGACAGACAGGAAAUGGAAAAGCCUCGCCGUCGUCGUCGGGGUCAACAACCACAAAUGGGUUCAUCCUCCUUCUUCUGUUCUUCCUCUCUGUCCCUGUUACAGCGUCUGCACCGUCUCUCCAGAAACAAUUCAAUGACCCAGUGUGUGUGUGAGAGAGAGAGACUCACACACACACACACACACACAGAGGGAGAGAGUGGUGAAAGUGUCUAAGUGUUUUCUUGUUGAAAGGAGCAUUUAUUUGACAGGCUGCACAUCAUCAGGUGGCUCCCAAACUCCAGCGCAGGACUGAAUGUCUGUAACAUAGCAACAGGGACUUUAUCGGAUUUCUUUGCACUCUCUCUCUCUCUCUCUCUCACACACACACAGCUUGUGUUAUUCUUUUCUUUGAGUGUUUCAUCUCUGAACGUUCACAAAGACACCCGCAGUCACAGGAAAAUAAACAAGAAAAGGGUGUGUUCAAAGGUUGGACAGUACAUCAGUAGGUUUCUUCUUUCUUCAUCAAGUUUAGCUGUUUUUCUCCUUUGAAUUCAGUGUGUAAUAAGCAGUACUUACAAAAUAAGCUCAAAUUGGAAGAAAAACAGCCCCAAAUGUCAACAAACAGACAGAAAUCCAUCAAAAAAUACAAGAUAAAACUAGAUUAGAUGCAAAAGCAGCAAUUGGGGAUUCAAGUUCAAGAUUAUUAAUUCAGAAACCUUUUCAAAAUACAGCAGCUACUUGUUUUACCAUAUCCCUUAAUGCGAAACUAACCUUGCUGCCGGCAGUAGCGCUGUAUUUUCUGUAUAAAUAUGAAAGUCUUACCAAAUCUCUUCUCGAACAAUCAGCAGGAUUGUGAGUCAGUGUAUUUUGCCAAACUGUAAGAACUUUUUAUUUUAUUUUAUUUAAGAGUCCCAGACUUUGCUUUUCUGGAAGCCAGAGGGUGUGUGAACGUGCAGGUCAGCUAAGGUCUGAAAAGGAUUCCUGUACGGUGCGGCUACACAAAUCAGGCAGCCCACCCACAUACCAGAUGUAGUCCACACACUCACUCACAAUAAACACACACGCACACUUACACACAGGGUAUCUAAAUUCCCUCACUGCUGUCCAGGCCUUGGCUCGGUCUUUAUUGGCCGCUGAUCCCCUGCUGGCUCCGUCCAUUGCUCUCUCUUUUAAUGCCCAGCUUCAGAGCAGCAACACAACACACACACACACCAGAUGCUGAACUGUCCUCUGGCCCAUCUGUGUGUGUCCGUGUUUGUCUGUGUGUGUGAGCAGCGCUGGCUCGUGCCCCCGCAUCAGAUGUAACUAACCUCAUGUCUAACAGACACCGGGCCGUUUGGCAGUUAUGGCUUUAUGGAGGCCGAUACAGAUAAUUUAGAGUAAAUCUGCCACCAGCUGCCUGUUUGCUGUCGUGUCAGUGUGUAGUUAACACACUGCAGAGAGCUCGAACCAUUCUGAGGUUACACGGUUACUCUUUUAACACACCAAGGCAGCAGUUACACACCCCUCACAGCUGCAGGCCUGCUGAGUUAACAGAAGAGAACAAAAGAGAGUGAGUUUGCGUGGAGGCUUUGUAGUUUGACAGAUUUCAGCUUUUUUGAAGGUGUUUUUUAUAUAUUUUUACCCUGACAGUCUGACUACGCUGGUGCCAAAACAUUCUCUCACUGAAUACGAGAGCAGAUUACUUUUGAGUAAUGAUUGAAUCAGCGAAGAACAAGAGCUGACUGACGACGAGAAGCCACCUACGCAGUAUUUUUGUAACCAAACAAUCAAUUUAUCAGAGUUUGUGCGUAAAUAAUAUAAAACUGCUUUUGCAGAGUGUGGCGGAGCUAGCUCAAGCAGCCUUUAGUCCUCCUUGCAGGUUUAUGUCCACAUGCCUGUGUUUGUUAGUGGUUACACGGUACACCUGUCAAGUCCUGCUUCUAUAUUAGUAUCAAUAACCUGUUUAACCAACUUCAGGACUCGGCGGUGCAACCGUUUCACUCGCAUUUGCGACUAAAAAUAGAUGUGUGCGAAUUGUAAAAUUAGCUGAGGCAACAAAUGUGAAGUUAGUUUUAGGUUGUCUUCUCCCUCUCCAUAACUGGGAAUAGCAACAGCAGCGCGGUUAAACCUGGGGUGUUGAAUAAGGGACCAUCAAUAAAUUACCGGUUGGUGUUCUCAGAAAAAGGCUGUUUUCCUUCAAAAUCUUCCAUGUCAUGUGACCAAUUGACUUAAAAUUGAUUUCAAGUAAUGAUACUUAUGAUGACCAAUAAGACACACCUCUUUGUUUCCCUAAUUUGUCCUCAUAAAUUUUUUGUGUUAAAUUUAAAGGCAAAUAUUGAACAUUCGCUUCAAAAGCUUCCAUGUCAUGUGACCAAAUUACCUAAAAUUGAUUUCAAAUAAUAGCACUUAUGUUGACCAAUAAGACACACAUUAUUUGAUUGAUUUUCUUGUGCCCCUAAAGUUCUUUGUGUGCUCCUUACUUUCUCACGUUAGUCAAGCGUCAGUGUCAAGCCCUCAACUUGUAACUCCUGUGCCAACUAGCAAGGAUAAAAGCAUUUAAUCAACUCUUUCUUGAAAAAUGUACACAUCACUUGCCACCCCUGCAUGAGUUGGAGCCACCCCAGUCAAAAAGUCUAGACACACCCCUGUCCAGUUUUAGUCUAACCCCUGCAGCUCAACAUGAUUGUUGUAUUUGCUGAUAUGUAGGACUAUCUUGCACCUUGUGUCCAUCCGUGACCUCUCCAGACAUAAAACCUGUACUCAGUUCAUCUCCUUCUGACCUCUGACCUCAUCUCAUUCUCUCUAAACUGGUCCCCGCCUCUCAAAGACUCUGCAUUUGAUUGGCUGGCUUGAACUGCAGCUCUGUUAGUCGCACAGGUGGACAUAUGGUGGAUCUAAUCCUGGGCCUCAGCCUCAGAGCUAAUAGCUGUUUCCCAUGGGGACUUGCCUGUACUUAAUUUCUGAGCGAUAAAGCCGUCAAACCUGUUGUUCUCUGACCAUUUGUGCAGUUUAAGGCCUUUAAAAACCUCAUUUGUGGCUCAAAUGGUGCAUUCACUUCAGUUUAUUGAACAUUUCCUUUGGUUUCUUUACAAAAAACCGCAGCCACGAUCGAGCUGUAGCUGCACUAAAACGCUGUGUAGUUGUCUGGACUCAAUUGUUAGUGAUAAUGAGAAGCAUAACAAAACUCCUUAAGGUAGUGAAGGCUCUAAUUCUACCUUAAAAAGUGAAAGCAUCUCUGCACAGGUCUGUGCUCUGCUGCUUGUUUUGUUCUCCCUCUGCUGCUGCCGCUGGAGCUUUCUGCUGACCUCUGCUGCUUUCCCUCGCAGCCCUGGAGGAGGAUAUCGAAUCCUCCAGCAGCUGCAGCAAACGUGGCGACAUAAAGGAGACAAAUGGAGAGGGGGGGGCUUAAUUCCUACAUCACCUGCAUGAUUUCCCCUCCCACCUCCCUAUUCCUUCACUCCUUUCCUCCUUCCUCAUCCGUCAGGCAUCCGCAGAGUGAUCAAAUUACCCAUUAUUACUGCAAACCAUCGGCAGAUUACUGUUAUUUAGCCCAGUGACCGGGCCUAUUUGGACAGAUGGAUGCUCACACACACACAUACAUGCAAACAGGACUGUGUGUUCAGCCCUGUGUCCUGCCAUUUAUAUGCUUCUGAAGAUAUUAAUUAGCAGCCCCACACCCUUAAUCAACUUUGCACGUGUGUGUGUGUGCGUCGGUUAGCAACAAUGUCUAUUCCAGUGUCAUACAAAUCCAUCUGUUUAUUUCCAUUUUUGUUUCAAAACGCCACAAAAAUGCCACAGAAGCCUCCAAGAUAAUGGAUGUAGAAGUCUUAUUUUUCUGAGUAUGUUUAAAAAAAGUGACAGUAAUGACAUUAAUAAACAGAAAAAGGGGUUAUGUGUUAAACGAAAAAUAAAAAGUGAAGAUGCUUAGUAGGGAUGUUCCACCAUUUAAACGACCAUUUUGAAACCAAAUAUUGGAAUACACGAAAAUUAAUUAACUCCCAGAAAAUAGCCCAAAUUGAGCACAUGUCGAUCUAUAUGGCCAGAUAUCAUCUGAAAUAAACAUGAAAGCUGUGCUUAUAAUAUUAAAAUAUGUUACAGAAUCUUAUUAUAGCGCUGGAGAAUGACAUAAAGUAAGUGAAAGAUCAAAGCAGUUAAGCUCCGCUCCGCUGUGCUCAAGCCAAGCAGCCUGCUGCGUCAUCGGCAUUAUAUGAUAGUUUAGCUAGAAACAAUCUGCAUGACACUUGUGUGCCAUCUUUAUCGAAAUCAAAAUACUCCCAAACUUCGCUCUUUUUUCUCAACGACAUCGCUCUGACUGACUGCAUGUGUUGAUUCACUUUGAGGAAGUUAACCCAUGAUGCCAUGCAUACUGCAGGCCAGCGCUGCGAGCCCAGAGCAGCGAGCCAGGCAGAAGGAGUCGCACGCAAAUGAUGCACACAUUUUAGCUUGUUUAAUGCACACUUUUAUUAAGAAAUGACGGUAAAAACGUAAUUUUUUUUUUUAAUUUCGCUUUUUUUUCCCCUUUUGUUUUUUUUCACAGAAUAAACGAAUAUUAUUUACUAAAUGGCUAGUAAGGACAGCCCCGUUUACACGAAUAUCCAAAUAACCGCGCACAUCGCUAAUGCGUAGUUUAUAUUUUGUUUUACAUUUUUUGUGUUCUCUCCGUAGGUCAUGAGUGCCUUGAGGAAAGUCGCAGCGGAGAAUAACCUCACCUGUCCAAAGCCCCGCCCCACCUGGGCCUCGCCCUGCCCCCUACCCCUGCACUCCCACCAUGAGUAAGUUCCUCGUUUUUUUCUCUCUCCUUUCUGACUCUGACUCUUGAUGCUGUGUUGUUGUGAUGCGAAUCUAAAGAAAUGUGAGCUUGUUUGCUCUUUUCCAAUUCUGCUGUAAUGAAAUAUUUGUCGGUUAUUUGUCAGCAGAUGGUGUUUUGUGGCUCAGCUAACCCAGCCUGUGCUUAAAGACGGUUUAAACACCCUCAUUAUUUGGUUUGAUCCAUCCUUGAUCAAAUAUUUCCUCAUAUUAUUGGGUAAUAUUUGAAAAUCAGAGUCUGUUUUUGUCUGGUACAGCUCAGAGGAGACAGGAGACUCUUGCAGAUCUCAUGUGUGUUGAACCUUUAAGUGUUGCAUGAAUUGCCUCCUUUGCCUUCCUCUGCACCUUCAUCCCUCUACCCCCCAGAGGCAGAAACAUACGGCAAAGAGAGCAAGUGCUGCAACCCUCAGCACCCCAUCACUCAUCAAUCACAACGCAAUGCAUGAUGGGAGGGCAGAUGUAGAGGGGUGUGCACUCCAUCAGCGCCAUCUACACAACAUACUUUAUGUGUGUGCAUGUGUGCGUGUGUAUGUGUGCACAGCCGCAUGUCAGUGUGCCUGUAAUGGCACGGCCACACACGUGGGCUCGGUGUGAGUCAUCCAGCGAGGCUAGACUGCAGUAUAUUCUGUUAAUGUCUCAUACAUUCAUACAUGCCUGCAACACACACACGCACAGACACACACACACGCACACGUUUUGCAGCAGAAGAUUACAACAGGGGGGUGGGUCCUGUGCUCUUCAGAGCACGACACUGCCUGAUAUGUAGAUCAUGAGGGUUUGCCUUACACUAGUGUACCCCCUGAGAGUGAAACUCAGUGUGAAUUCACAUCUCAAUUUCACAGUUUAUGCGCUUUAAAAAUGUUUUUGAUUAAAAUUAAGAGUCAUGAUCCAGUUGGAUGUUCAAAUAAGUGAUAACGCUAAAUUGCUUUGGCAGAUAAGGAGAUGUAAAUGUUAUUCUUUUGGAUUUUCUGACCUGAACAGGUGACCAUGUGAAUCAGAUAUAUAAAGAAACAUUUAGAGAUAAGGUGGGUUUGAAGUUGCUUGGUGAAUGAGGUAGUUUCAGGACAUGUUCUUAAAUAUGUGAUGAUACCUGUCAUGUUUGAAGUGAUAUUGCGGCGUAAAAUUAACUUUGGGGCAAACACACCGUAACACUGAGUUAGACACCCCCUCAAGAGAUGAAUGUUGCCGACCGCUUGCUUCUCUAGUUAUAUCAACUUAAGUUGGUACGAUAGCAAUACACAGCAGUCUGAGGAGCCAUAAACAAACCUCAACCAAAACGCCACUCUAUAGCCACAAAUAAUGAUCAGAACAGCACCUAACUUCAUCAACAGUACAUAUAGGGUCCUAGCCACAGCACUAGCCACCAAACAUCUUUUUAACUUUGCCUGAUUUCUAUAUCAAAGAGACUAAACACAACUCACCUACUCUCUUCCAGCAGCCGCUUUUUUGUAGUGAGACCUCAGGUCAGUUUAUUAUGGACUGCUGCGAGGUGACGCAGCUCAAGGAAGAACAUUUAUGAUCAUUUCUUCAUGGAAAUGUAAUCAGACCCAGACGCUAAGGCAGAAGAACUACUGUAUCUGCUGUGCAAAAUUAUGAAUAUGGUGAUUAUUCUAACUCAGUGUUACAGUGUGUUUGACUCGAAAUAAAAAAAAAAGUAAAGUAAAAUUGGGAUUUGUUUGAUGCCCAUCCCUGGUAUUCAGUACAAACAGGUGGCAUUUCUCAUCCUUUUCUCCAGUGUGACUUCUAUUCCAAAUCUUACAGUACUUAUUUUUAAAAGUUUUUCCUCUUGUGCUCCAGUGGUUUGAUUUAAAGUUAUAGACUUGGAGAGCUAACUGCAGGUUGACCAAGUCAAAGUGAAAAUGUUAAAAGAUUUUUCAUAUUUUGAUCUCAUUUUUUGCUGAUAGGUUGUGGCCGUAAUAUGAGUAUAAUGUCAGCACUGUUAUUAACCAACAUAGUGAAACGAUGAGCCUCUAAAUGUUUCUAAAUCUGCUGCAGUGAGGUUGUCGUCUCAACAUUAGAAACUUUAGUGAAAGGUGUUUUGAUUGAUUGAAAAGUCAACGUGGCAGCUUUUAUCUGUACUCUUGGUACCUUUAGCUGUUGAUUUUUAUUUGUUUUACAGUUAAAGGGCAGACUUUUAUCUUUAUUAAGGUGCCAGUAAACUACUUCAUGAUAAUUUGCUGUGGAAAUAUGACAGCAAAAAGUAGAUAACUUGUCGGUCAAUGAUGGAAGCACAGCAAUGUUAUAACUUUGGAAAACUCAGCCACUUGACAUUUGAACCAAACAUCUCAAUCAUAUGAGAUCUGAGAUAGUAUCAAACCUUGUCUGGAGCUGCUAGCCACUUUCACUGUGAACAUAUUUUCUCUCUGAUAUCAGUCGUGCCCUCCUCCCCUCUCAGAUCUCCUUGUUCUUUUGCUGUUUAGCUCACUUCACAGAUAAGGUUUGAACAGAAGCCAGCAGUGUUAACUCACUCGGUGCUGGACGCAGAGAGAGAAAGAGAAAGUGUGUGUGAGGCUGUGGACAUGGGCUGGGACUGGGUUACCAGAGCAACCCAGCACAUGUGAGGCGUUUACUGGAAGGCGAUUGGAUUACGCCGCUGGAGGGGGAGUGCUGAGAGGUUUAACCAGAUUACUGCUUUUUCUUUUGUACACUCCAACAACCAUACACAUACACAAACAGGUGUGUGUGUGUGUGUGCGCGUGUGUUCGUGUGCAUGUCAGGGGAGGCUAGGUGCUCGAUCUGAUUGAUUGUGGGUGAUGAAAAUGGAGGAAAGCAUGAUUGAUGAGCAGGAAAAAGCCCACCAGAAGCUGGGUGCUUUAUGUGCGAGCUGCUUCUCCCUCUGUUCAAGUGUGUGUUUGUGAACGAGUCUCAAAGGCCCUCUUGCUUUUCAUAAGAGAAAUCAAUAGCUAGUUGUGUUCAAAUUUUUAUGAAAACAGGGGAUUGCUUUUGCAAAACCUGCUGCUACAAACUGCUGAAAGUCAAAUAAAACUAAACAUUGUUAACAUUGAAUGAAUUGAAAACUUAUAUUUUAUUUUGACAUAUUUUCCAUCUAUUUUUUCGAUGAUGUUUGAUUUACCUGUAGAAACUAAGCAGUAAAAAAACAAACAUGCCAUCUUGCUUUUAUCAGUCUUGUUUUUUCUUUAUUAUUAAUAUAAUACGCAGAUGAUGUUUGAUUUUAUGCAUGUGCAAAUAAGGGUUAAAAAGACUGAUAAACAACCAACAAAUGUUCUUUACAACUUUUAACAUCAGUUAUUUGUGUCAUUUUUAGGCUAGAAAAAAUAAGAUUGACAAGGAUGAAACCAACACUGAUGUUUCUUUUAGUAAUAGUUAUCUCUUUUAGUGAUAGUUUGUCACUUUUUAUGAUCUAAUAUCUAUGUUGAUGACAUUUGAAUGUUUUAAUAAAUCAUGUAAAACAUAACCAUAAAAGACGAUCAACAUUAAUGUAAGAGUUUGUUUUUCAAAAAAAGACAGUAUUGCCUCAUAUUUCUUGUUAUGCUGAUGACGUUUGGUUUUACUGGUUUUUCAAGCAGAAUGAAAAGAUGAACUAUAAUCACAUAAACCAAACAACCUUUGUCUUUUUUGCAACAUCUGUUUCAUCUUGUUCAACUUUUAUUCUCUUUUACGCUGAUGAUAUUUGGUUAUAUUCACCAAGCGAUAUGACAUUUUAAGAAGACACAAAAAAAAACCAACAAGACUGUUGAGUUUAUUGUUUAUGUUCCCCUUUUAACUUGUUGGUUUUCUUUCAUGUUAAUGUCUCUCUUUAUUUGACUUUCAGCAGUGUGUCUUGUGAUUAUAUUUUUGCUGACCCAACCUCCUCACUGAGAAAAAACACAAGAAAUGCCUCAACCUUAAGGAGAAAUGUCCAAACGUGACCUGAAGGAGCUUUGCACUCAGCCUUUCCUCAAUAAACUUCAAUGUGUUUAAUCAUUUAUAUCAACCUUUGAUAGACCCGUCCGCCUGCCUGGAGAUGCUUGAUGAUGUUGACAUCCCAAGCUAAUUGCCUUAAUUACCCCCCACAACACACACAGAAUCCCUCACACACACACACACAUACACACACUUUGCCGACGGGCUGGGGCAGGGCGAGGUCAGUUUCCGCUAACGAGCCUCCUAACGAGGACUGAUGAUUUACUCCAGCUUGUGUCAAUUGUAGAGGGAAAAGAAAGAAAAGAGGGAACAGGAAGUACCACAGCUAUCUUUAUGCUGCUCUACUCAUCUGUCAAGGGAAUAUUUUGGGGAUUUAGAUUUGUGAUUUCAGCAGGAAAUUUAAAUGCUGGACUGGGAUUAUGUUGCCCAUUUGCUGAUUAUGCUGACUAUAUAAAGCAAUUGUUUGGCAGUCCUAGUUUGUGUGACAAAAGUGUCUCAAAGAUCUAAUUUUGGAAGACUGGAAAUGAUAGUGAAUUGCUUCAAUUUGGAAGUACUUCUCUGACUUUGGAUGCAUGUGGUGCAGGAAUCACAAAAAUGGUAACCUCAGUAUGCUUUGGCUAGCAAUUAACUUAGCGAAUAAUCUGCAUUAGAACAUCUAUUAGCUCUGGAAAUGUAUCAAAAGUAAUUCAUAUAAGGCAGAAAGUUGGCUGAGUUAAUCCAGUUGUUUAAAGGACACGUACUUUCAUGUUUAUUACAGCACCAUAAAAAUAUCCAAGUUAUAUAUCAGUUUGACCUCUGCACACUACAUUAAAAACAUUAACAAAUCUACCUACCCACCUAUGUUUAUGUAUGUCUACCUUUAAUCUAUCAACCUUUCUACUUGCCUACUUUCUUACCAACCCAUAUUUGUGCCAACCAAACUACAGAUGGCCAAUCUGUGGACCAAACAAACUGCUGAUCAACCCUCAUGGCUUUCUAAAUCACCAACUUACCUCUUGACCAACCUUCAUACCUGCACAACCUACAUCCAAAAUCUGCCUUUUGAUCCAUUAGCUAACUAACUAACUUACCCACCUGCCCACCAAUCUUUUUACCUUUCCACUGAACAACCAACAUAUCUACUUACCUUUCAAUGAACCCACUUUCCUGCCUACAUUCCAACAAAGCUACUCAUCUACCACUCAUACAUACUGAUCCACCACACACCUACAAUUCUACCACUCUAAAACACCACCAACUACCAACCCAUUACCAACCAAACUAUACUUAUAAUCAACUUCCCCUUUUAAACAAACCACCCACCGAACUUUCUACCAUCUUGCCUCCUUGUAUACCCACUUCCCAACCUUCUCCUCUACUUAAUCAAUGACAAAUUAAACCCAUCAGUGGAACAUAUUUAUAGAAACCUGAUCUUUAGCUCGGUCUGAUCAUAACAUUUCUACAUCCCUCCAGGCUGGAUGUGACCACACAACUCAUCCUGAUGUUAAUAUGAUUAGAAGAAGCCUUUAGCCUCAAUAGCCACACUGUCAUUGUAUUACCAUAACCACUAAUAAUAGAAAACCACUCCGCCUGAGUCGCUGUGAGUCUCGGCUCGUCCCCACAGUCUGAGCUGUUGUAAUAAACAGAUUCAGAGUGAUAACAGUGAAAGGAGUCCGAUGACAAAUGAGGAUGAGAUUCAUGAGCCACGGGAGGUUUUAUAGGUGUUGUAUAAACAGAGCUGCAAGUUAGAGGAGUAUAAUGAGUCACGGUUUCUGUUUAGUGUGACUACCAUAAAAAAAAUGAGUCAAGGAAAAGUGGGAGCUUUAAUUCAUGUCCCUUUAAAAAAAAAAAAGUUUCUGUGAGGUCAUGCUCGACUUUUCUAGACAAUUUUUGGGUGAAAAUAUCAAACAAGCAGGUAUUACAUGUGGAUUAACCAAUGGGGUUUAAGACAUGUACGUCCGUAAAUGAAACUAAGGUUUAAAAAUUAACUUUGUACUCCUGAUAUCUUUACAUCCAGCCACAAAAACCAGGAUGGCAGUGUCCAUAAAGCCAGGCUUGAGGUUUCAGAGUGCUUUAAUCAAACCAGUGGGUUACACAUGACAUGUAAAGACUACUUAUUUUUUUGCUUCAAAUGUAUUUUAAAGUAUAUUUCCUCCAAUUCAUUGCCAGCCUGUUUUUAGAAUAAGACAUCACCAACCCCCAAAUUUUCUUAACAAGAUCCAUGUGGUUAAGAUUAUAAACAAAAAGGUCUUUAAAUGCCACUUUUCGACCUCUGCACUGGCAAGAAGUACCUGAGGGUACAGGCAUAGAUGGUCAGCACUUGAACAUAUAUACACACUUGCACACACACACACACACACCUCCUCCAUCCUCCCUGUCAGAGGAAGAGUGAUAUCAUCAUGUGGCCUGGCGGGCACAGUGUCUGGGUGUGGUGCCGGAUAAUUACCUCCUCUUCAAAGCCUCAUCUGGCCUCCAUCUGCUGGACUCUUGCACAGUUAGCUUAGCCGCGCAGCUAACAGUCUCCUUUAACACCCUGCUACACCUGCUGUGUCUGUUACAAAUAGGCUUAGCCUGCAGGUUCUUUUUCAGACUACAACCUGGUAGAUAAUCACACAGACAGACACACACAUUCACACCUGGAAGCAGCUCAACACAUGCACACUUUCUAAAGUUAGACAUGGAGGAGUCCUGGAGGAAAGUUUGUCUGGGCAGGAGGGAGAGUGUCAUUAUCUGAACCACAUUUUCCAAACCACAAGUCCUCUUGAACAUGAACUACAAGCUACUGGUUUCCACUCUAAUGUCAAACACGUGGGGUAGAUGACAGCUCAUGGUGCUAAUUGCCUUGCUGCAGAGCAUGUUAGUCUCUAAACAAGACAUCUCUUUUCCUAGUAGCAGAUGUUUGGACAUAAACAGUGUUGGAUUAAAGCACAGCUUGAUAAAUGCUGCUUGCUUCAAGUAUCACUUAGUCAAUGAGGGGCAUAUUUUUAGAUUCCAACAUAAACUAAAUCCCUAACUUGUCGUCUAGAAAAAGAACGUUGGAAAAAGUUGUGUGAUGCUGGAAAAUGAUACUCGCAGAACAUCUCCAAACUCUUAUGACUGGGGAUAAGAGGGACAUUACAGAGAGGCUAAAUCUCUGCCUGAGACUACCAGGCUUUGUUAUCAAAUGUUUUCCAUUUAGAUGCGAACCAUUCCAUAUGAUGCUACUUUUGAAAACAGCAUUUGUUGAUAUUUUUCUCGCUAAUCCCUACACCCUGUUGUCACGAUGACACAUAUCCUGGUGUAAAGUGUGUCGCAUUACCUCACUCUGGCUCCACAUAGUUACAGCCUCUCUGCCCACAAAAUGACUCCGAGCUAAUUACUAGAAAGAUUGGUAUUUGUUUGUCAGAAAUCACCCGAGGUUAAGAGCACUGUGUCAGCUCGUUGUUGUCACACAGGUCUGGCAGGUUUUCAUUAGCCCGCCAAGCUUCCUACGACUACAAGGACACGUCACCCGCUGUGAUGCUGUGAAUUUGAACUUGAAUGGAGAUUAAGGAUUAAGAUUAGUCCAGAUUUCUUUGCUGUUAACAUUCUGUUUUCAUCUUAAGUCUCCCACAGAGGGUAAAUAAAGCAGGAGCUGUCGUACUUGAAGGCUUUCUCUGGUGUGACAUUAACACUAGAGACUCCGUAAACUCUGUACACUAAGCUUGUUGUGUUUACUCCCAGAAUGCCACUUUUUGUGUGUUUUUGGCUUCAACUUUUCCCCACUUUUUCCCCACAGUUCAAUUAGUUUUGGUUUCUGCUUUAUUGGCAUGGCACAGAGCUUUCAUAAAACCUCAUAAGAUGAAGCUGACAUCAGGGAAAACUUUCACUGCGGAGGAGAAAGAACAUGAAUUGAUCCUUUUUCUUCAAAUUAUUGCCUUCAGUUUGUUUGAAAAAUACACCAAAUUGCUGUGUUAGGUAUCAGAAUUUACAACGAGAUGAAAUCUGCAAAAUGUUUUGUCAGUCGUGGAUCUGUUGUUUUGGCAUGAUUUGAGGGGCCAUGUUUAUUUUUCAAGAAUUGCAAGAACUACAAAAUUUGAAGGUACUGUUCCCAUUUAGCCAGGUUGUGGUAGACCACCAACUCCUUAGAUGUUUGCCAACAAGAGAAACAUGAAAGAGGUUUGUUGUUCAGGGAUCUACAUAAACUUGGACAGUAUUGUUAAGGUUUACAAAUCUGAUAGUUGCCAUUUGAUGUUGUAGUACACCACCAACUUUUUUGUUGGUCAUCAACAACAGAUUUGGUGAUUUGAGGGCUCAAAAUUGACUGAAGAAGAGGUAAGGUUGGUGAAACCAUAGUUUCCAUUUGGUCAGGUUGUGGUAGACUACUAACUGUGUUGUUGUGUUCAAGUCUAACUUUCAAAGAGAUUUGAAGCCUUAUUAUUCUCACAGUUUUGUUUUUACAUGUUCAUGUUUUAGAAGACCAUCAACUUCUAAGGUUUAAACUUAUAGUAUUUUUGCCAUUGGAUCCAGUCAUGGUUGACCAUCAACUCCUUUGUUGGUCACGAACAAGAGUGAAAUGGGGAUUCAAGGACAGUGACACUGAAAGUAAUCUGUCCAUUUGGUCAGGAUAUGGUAGACCACCAACUCCAUUCUUGGAACCAACUUUGCCAACAAGAGAAUCGGCUUCACAGAUCUACAUAAACUUAAAAGGUUCAUUUAAGGUUAACGAUACUGAGAGUUUUGUUUACAUUUAGUCAGGUUUAGUAGAUCAACAACUCCCUUGUUGGUCACCAUCAAAUUGGUGAUUUUAGGGAUCAUAAUUAAUGGUGAUUCCUGGGAGUAUUGUUUCUAGCAUGGCUGUUUCCAGGUUUCAGUCUUAUUGAAGAGGUCAGCUGAUGAUAUUCUGAUUUUUUUUUACAAUCAGUCCUGUCUUCAAGUAAAUCUUAUAGCUAGAAGUUUUGAAGUCGUUCUCAGCUGCAUUUGCAUUUAAAGUUAUGCUGCAGCCAUUACAACAUUACAUUUGUCACUGAGAUCCUUUAAUGUGUUAAAACAAUGGCCCAGUUUUUAAAGAUUAAAGAUUACCCUUAAAAGAAAACCUCCCUAAAAUCUGACAGUCUGGAUUUUACCCAUUAAUUCCAAUUCCUCAUGUUCUCACGAGAUCAAGCGUCCUACUGGUGCCAGAAUUUAUUUUUCGAUAUUGAAUACAGAGACAUGGUGUCAUCUUUCUGUCUGCACACACAGGGUGCUGUUUUGUUUUUAUCAAGUCUUCUUAAAAAAAGUUAUCUGGGCCUCACACAGCUUUGAACAACACUAUUGUGCACAUACAGUGACACACUGACACAUUUGAAAGGAAAGUUUCAGCACAGCGGGGACAAAACUGAAUCCAGAAUCAGUCACUUGAAAGUGAUUCUGGUGUCUUUCCACGCCGUUAGAAGUGACGUCUCCUCUGACUUUCUCUCGUUCCUGCUGUUUGCCUGCUGUCCUUCUUUCCCUCUGUUGUUCCAGCACGUUCUGUUUUAUUUCAGCUCAUGCAAGUGAGUUUAGAAGAUAAGUAGCUUCUGUGUGUAUACGUAUGUGUGUAAAGUGUGUGAUGUGAUGCCAGUGGAGUGCAGGAAUGCGGUUCUUCCACCCUCCCUCCUGGUCGGUAUUUUCUGUCUUUUCUCGCAGAGCUGAAUGAUGCUCGGAUGUCAUGUUCUCGGGGACGGGGAGGCUGUGUUGAGUUAUUCAAGGGGUGGGGGGAGAGGUGGUGGAGGGGGUUACAGGAAGGAAGCUGUGCUGGAAUCUGAUUACAUCUCCCAGUAAACAGGGCAGCAGUAGGAAAUGGAUCCACAGACCCCUCUGUCCUCGGGGCAUCAGGCUCCACAUGCUGCAGCUUCCAGAUUUAUUAAAUGUUACCGAGGAGCACACGCACAUCCUGGUGUUUCACAUACCUGAGCGCCUCCUCACCUGAUCACAACUAGCUUAUUAAAAACUAAAUUUAGUCCAGGCAGAGUCGUCCUGUCCUGCAGGUUGAUUUGAUUAUAGGUUUCCUGUAGAGUAGUUCUUUGAGGGCUAGUGGGAAAAAAUGAACCGAAAAGUUCUGUUGGAAUAUUCCCCCUGUUUUUAAAAAUCUAUGGAAACUCUCUCAGAAAGUUGACUUUCACAAGACCUGCAAUUUUCACCCUUACUCCUCGAGAAAAAAGUAAAAGUUUAACAACCAUCUAAACAUUUACCAAGAUGUGUGAAGACUGGAGCCUCUCUUUCAACCCAGGUACUUUCCUGUAAUCUGGGGCUGUCCAUGACCUCACCUACAAAUAUCGGUCCCUGAUCAAGGGUGAAAACGCUCCAAAGCACUUUUUAAAUAUAAAAAAAGACUUGUUUUGGCCUUUCCAGUAGUCAAACAUUUACUUUCAGAAGCAGGAACCUGAAAAAAACCUUGCCUUAGAGACGGUGGAGAUUACAACCCUAAUUCUAAAAUAAGUCAGGACACAAAAAGAUGCUGAUAGUUUUCGUAUUAUUGAAACUUUGAUUUAGUUGAAAAUAGUGCUAAGACAACAAAUUAAACAUUAAAACUGAGAAUAUAAUCAUUACACUUUAAUGCAAGCAACAGGUUAAGAUGAAGUCAGAACCAUUUCAACAAGACUUUAUUCAUGUUUGGGUACCAAGAGACCAGUUUUGGAACUUAGAGUUACUGUAAAUGUUGUGGAUGCAGUGUCAAACUGUGUUCACAGACCAUAGAUUCUGAGAGUGAUUCAGAGCCAAUGCAGUGACUUCCACUGCAGAGUCAUGUCAGAGUCAGGUUGGAAAAUCACUGCCGUCCAUCGUCAGACUGUCUCCUGGUCUCUUUUUUAGUGUCGUGAGGUAAACCUAUAACCAUCGUUGCAUUGGCUAACAGAUUUGUUGUAAAGUGCAGUUUCAAUAAAGGUUUGUAGCCCUUCUUUUCAUACCUUUUUUCAUUUCCUUGGCAGCACAAAAAUCUUGUUAAAGUGAUGCCAGGAAAAGACCAAAAAUCAGACUGAUAGAGAGAUCCAGCAGAGACUCUUGAUGAUAACUCAGUGUGAAGUCUCAUAAACUUUCUGCAGCCUUUAAAAACGAGGAGCAUCUUUUAAAGAAGGUAACUUCAGGUUUUUUUUAAAGCAAAGACACUCCUUUUGGCAGAGUUUGUAGUUGCAGGCCUUCAAAAAUGGAUUUCUGAUUGGACAGAUUGAUUUUUCUCACUGAGGGGAGCAUGGCGGAGGAGUUUUUGAACCGUUUUCAGAGCUUCUGCUGCCGCUGGCUGCAGCUGAAGAAGUGUAACAGGGUUUAGAGAGCCACCUGAUUAUUCUCACUGCUGCUGGGCAAGUUUCUAAACCACUGCACUUUUAUCUGGUUUUCCAGCUAUAUUAUACAGCUCAAAUGGGACCUCAGAGUUUAUAGAGGACUGGUGUGGCAUUUCUGCUUUCUUCAUUCCUAAUCUCUAUUCCAAAUACAAGCAGACCACAUAUAAGUUUGUUUUUCUUGGACGACACAGGUAGAGAUAAAGAAAGAAGGAAGCUGCACAGAGAGCAAAUACCAUUACAAAGCUGUAAAAUAAACUAUUUGACUUCAUAUCAGGUUUAUAGGUGCUUACUUCUCUUUUCCCCUGCAGCUUUGGUGAAAUGUGGUUUAAAUCCCUGCAGCUAUCUUAAAUAUUUAAACUGGUGCAUUUAUUUAAAGUAGAUUCAUUGAUGGAAUAAUGUAAAGUCAGCGGAAGUUUUCCACAGGCCGAUUCAAGCGCAGUAACAACGAUUUGAAAAGAAGAGCAGCUCUGAAGAAAGAGCUCCUGGAUGAACGCUGUCUUCAAUUAUCUGCAGUGACACUUAAAGCCAGAUUACUGCAGCAGAAAAAUUUGAUACCAGCCCACACAGACGUCUCCCUCCACUCUUUUUUCUGCUUUCACACACACACACUCAGUCACACAAAAAGGAAAUUACGGCACAGCCUGGUCACAAGCCUCGGUGGCCUCUCUUGAGUUCAGUUGCCAUGGUGAGCUGAAUAGAGUGGCUGUUUUCAGCGGCGGCCCUCCUGCUCGGAAAGUUUAGUCCAUCAAUAUUUAAUGCCCUGACUUAAGAGAGAUGAAAUCUUUGACAAUCAGGAGAGAGCUUUGUUAUGUUUGAAUGUGUGGCCUCUAUGUUCUUUAAUGUGGCAGAGAGAGAUGGUGUUAUCUCUGCGGUUUGAGUUUUAAGUGCUUCACUGUGCUCCAUCUCAGUGCCACUUAAAUGUUGCACAAUUACUUUUUUAUAUAAAGCAUUAGCAUUACGCAGGAAAUCAUGGGACUCCAGUGCAGCUGGAAUUAUUGUAAUGAGUGAAAUGCCAACAAACAAACAGACCUUCUAGAGGCAUAAAACACCUUUGCAAGACUGAGUGAAUAAAAAAGCUGAACCAAAAUGGUCAGAGCUCCCCCUAGAGACUGGGUACAGCAUUGUCCACAAAGCUCCACCCCCUCCAUGUAGACAGAUGGGCCAUGAGCAAACCAUGAGCCCAAAAUACACAUCAAGCAUUCACUCUUCUAAGACAUUUAAUUUGAUUGGUUAUUUGAUUCGUAUUCCUGCGGGGUGACACAGCUCAAGGAAGAACUUUUAUGAUCAUUUCUUCAUGGAAAUGCAAUCAGACCGAGACGCUAAGGCAGAAGAACUACUAACUACUAUCUGCAGUGCCAAAUUAUUAAUAUGGCGAUUAUUACUUCAAGGAAAUGAUAAAGAAAUUAUCAUAAAUGUUCUUCCUUGAGCUGCGUCACCCCGCUGCAGUCCGUAAUGGACUGGCCCGAGGUCUCGCUACAAACAAGCGGCUGCUGGAAGAGGGUAGGUAAGUUGUGUUUAGUCUCUUUGCUUAAGAAAUCAGGCAAAGUUAAAAAGAUGUUUGGUGGCUAGUGCUGUGGCUGGGACCCUAUAUGUUGAUGAAGUUCGGUGCUGUUCUGAGCAUUAUUUGUGGCUAUAGAGUGGCGUUUUGGUUGAGGUUUGUUUAUGGCUCCUCAGACAACUGUGUAUUGCUAUCGUGCGGUUGUUACUAAAGUUGGUAUAACUAGAGAAGCAAGCAGUUGGCAACACUCAUCUCUUGAGGGGUGUUUAACUCGGUGUUGCAGUGUGUUUGACCCUUAAUUACUUUUAUGCCGGAAUGUCCCUUUAAGAUCAGGUGUUGAGGAAUCACUUAUCAGCAAGAAACAUUUUCUGUAAGCUCCCAGUGACGUCAAGAGCAGCUGCCUUACGGUAAACAGUGACCAAGGAGGGACCACACACACUCACACACACACACACCCCUACACACUCACUCACCGGUGACAAACAUCUCACCGCCCGUCAACCUGUGAUAAACGACACACACCUUAUCGACCAAUGUCAAGCCGGAUACACCUGAUCGACUGUGUGAUGUAUGAAAUCAUGUGUCUCUGUGUGUGAGGGGGAGAUUGAGACAGCGGGGGGUAAGCGUAGAGCAUUCUGGGUAAUUCCCGUCGACUCCCACGCCUGUGCGGCAGUCGUAGAUCUUCAGCUGUCCUCUUCUGCGUAUGUCAAACCUCUUCUUCCACCUCUUCCUCCUCCUCCUCAGUCCUCUGCUGCUUUACUGUACCAGCUGUUUACUUUACUGUCGGCUUGUAAACAACGCACACUAACACACUAACACACACACACACAUACACACACACAUUGUUUACUGAGCUCCCUCUACAGGAGCUAUUGAAUGUCCCACCUUUAUGUCGGCUGUUUGCAGGGAGGCGGAUCACUCAGGCCUGGGAGAGGUCAGCUCUGAGUCUGAGCGUGGACUCCCAGUCAGAGUGGUUUAUUGGUUUUCUGAUUUAUAAGACUUCAGAGGAGGUUGGCUUUGAAUUUUUAAUGCUUGAACUGUAGAGCAUUUACUCCUCUGAUAGUAUGAGGGUUUUUUUAGCUUCGGAGGAAGGGAAAAACUGAUUUGAGUCGUAAGCCACUGAUAUUCAUUUUACAGCCACAUAAGAAGUGCUCAUAUUUUGGAAGUCAGGCAUUUUUAGGUUUAACAUUUAGAAAUGUUUCUUAAUUUGGAGACUUUCCCAUACAAAAUGAAGAUCCUUUAAGUUAAUAUUAGUUAGAAAUAGUAGACUUCAUAGUUAUUAGUUAUUUAGGGAGGAAAGAAAGAAGCAAUUUGACACACACUGCAAAAAACUCAGACUUUAGCAAGUGUUUUUAUCUUAUUCCUUGCAAAAGAAAUGUUUUAUCAGGUGUAAUCUAAACUGCGUCCAGUAAAGUGUCCAAUUUCUGGAUUUCACAAAACGAAAAUGAGUUUAAAUGGCUUGUAAUGAGAAAAAAAUUGACCUGCAAGUGGUUUAAGACAAAAAUGUAUUUUGCCAUUUGGGGGUCUGAAUGUGUUUCAACCUGGACUUUCUUUUCCCCUAAAGUUAACCAGGUUGAUGCCUGAACCUAAACAGACACUGUCUAAUAGGUUUUAUUAGGGCUGUAGGAUGAUGGAAAAAAUGAUAACCAUGAUUAUGUUGACGAAUAAUGAGAUCCAUUGAUUUCACAUUUCAUAUCCACUGAUAUAUAAAGGAAAGACUCAAGCUUAUAACUGAUAUUUAUAAUGAUACAGACCCACUCUGAAGCUUUGCAGUUGUUAUCCCCUUGAAACUUGUCAAAGCUGCAGAUAAAGAAUUGGAUGUCUGAUCCAUCAAAUCAAAUUUCCCUGAUGUAACCUUCAACAUGUUGGAGAAAAAUGGGAGUGUGGCGUGUUUUAUGAGAAAGUGGAAGUGUUUGUGGGUGUUUGUAGAAGGAUGUUGACAUUUGAUUACCAUCAGUUAUACAGGGUAGGCAUGCUACCAUGAAGGCAAUAUGCCAUUUGGAUUGAUGCCUGUUUUUGCAGCCAAAGUCCCCUCAGCUGUAAGGAAAAAGGAUGGGGAUCAAGUCAGCCAUGAGGGCUUUUUUUGACAUGAUUAUACAGAUAAUACAUAACAGGGAUGGAGAGUUUAUCAGAAAUGACAUGCAAAGGUCCCAAAGGCCAACUUCGCAUAUUCCAGCGCCAAAUAAAGACAUAACCUUGAGAGUUCAAAAUGAGUCAAAUCAUAUACACAUCUAUCAUAUACAUAUCUACUCCAACUGAAGAGGGCUGACAAACUAUGAAAAAGACCCAAACGAUUCAAUUCUGGCUGUAGAAACAUCAUAAAACUUGUCCUCAACCACAUGAGCGUGCCAUUUAGGAGUCAUGUGACCUGUGUUUACACAUGCUGGUUUGUGUUUUAUGAGGCAUUGCACAACCCGAACAAACCACACAUGAAAAUGCUACAAAUUAAACUUAACUGUUGUGGUUCACCAUGGAGAAAACACACAACAGUCAGAAAGACAUUUUUCAGUCAGAGUGGAGCAUGAAGUGAAUUUUAAGAACUACUGACGUGGAAUAAAAGUUCAGAAAUCCAGAAGAAGUUUUGAUUUUCUUUUUAUUCAACAUAAAUAUUAGUAUCUGACCUGAAUCACACUUGACAGGAACGACCUCAAAUUUAAUCCAGAUACCUUUUAACUGACUUUGAGUUGAACUAUCAUUAUAUAAAAAACUUUUUUCCGACAUAAAAAGUGCCUGUGCUUCAAAUAAUGAGGAACCUUCAAUCAAACAUUUUGGCAUUAAGUUUUCAGUGAGGUUAGAGGCAGUGGCGUGAAUAAUACAGAACAGGUGGUGUCAGAAAAUUCCAUGUAACCAGCCGUGAAGGACAGUGGAACUUUUGCUGACGUCUGAUUGGUCAAAAAAUCUGCACACUUCAAACAGGAAAUGACACGGGAGGGCAAACAGGAAGCAUAGGGCAGAGAGCUGAUGUUUUUCUUUCCUGUCCGUUCCCAUUCCCUUGCUCGCUGUGGCACCGAGCCAGGCAGGGAGAGGAAGGAGGGAGGGUAUUCUGGGGAAUCCCACCUCCCUCCUCCUCCUCCCCUUCCUCCCUCCUCCUCCUCCUCCUCCUCCUCCUCCUCCUCCUCCGUCCCCCUGUGGCUGCAUCCAGAGACAUUUAACUCAACUCAACUUUUUCAAAAUGCUGACUUCGAACUCCACGCUGGAUUGUCUUUCUGGAGCGCAGGAGGAUUUGGAUUCAGGUCAUUUGUUUUAGAGGAUGACACGACACAGUGACGGAUGUUUUAGGUGGAAAAAGUAGACAACACUUUUUGUUUCUGCAAAAGGACUUCAGUCAUCUGGUGGAUAGAAACAUGUCUGCAGCGGGAUGAUGUUGCUACAGGUCUAUCAGAAGUGUAAGUAAGAAGUUUCUAGUGACUGGAAGUUCACCCAGGGACCAGGAACUCUAGAUAGAAUUUAUUACAUUAUCACCCUCGGGGUCAGAGUCCCAAUAAAAUUCCUGGGACUUAAGCGGGGUACACACAGAAGAGUUUUUCAAAUCUGAAGAGAUUUUUUAUCUGUGCUCCAAUAAUCUCAACACAGCACACCACACACAAAACGAUUCUGUUCCACCACCGAUCUAGAAUCUAGUCCUCCAAGACAGAAAUCUCGCGUGAUAAAACGUGAUCUAACAAAAACAAAGAAGAAGAAACAUAGCAACAACUGGGAAACACAAGACGCAACAUGGAAGAGGAAACACAAGAAGAGGGAAUGAUGGUGGUUUUAGGAGUAUUUUUGACAGAAAAAUCCUGGAGACAGCAUGAACGCAGACUUUAUAGUCUACUGAGCGAGCUAGAGGUGAGUUAUUCUCAAAAUUAAGCUAGUGGUUGGUGUGAAUAUCCUAGUAACACAAAUAAAUAGGCCAUGCUUCAUUAUGAUUGGCUUUAUUUAGUUCCUUGUUCCUCAGUCAGCUCGCUUCUUGAUUGGCUACAGUCCAUUUCACGUGACAAUUCAUGGAGUCAUGACUCGGGAGUCGUCGGCUUUUCCCGGCACACGCGAAGAUUUUUGGUUGUAAAUAUUGAACAAGUUUAAUAUUUACCAUUGUCAGCCCCGACCCAUUUCAGACCCAAUUAUUGGGACAAAUUCACUCUUAAUACACCUUAAUACACAGGGUAAUCUUAGAAGACAUAAGAUAAUCUCCCGAUUGUCGUCUUUGGUGUGGGAGGGGGAAAAACAGCCCAAGUAUCUUUAUGUGUGUACCCCGCUUUAGUCUACUAGUCUAUGAGUAAUGCCUACAGGGCUGAACAUUACUUAUGAUUGCAUACUUAUAAUUUUAUUUUUCUGUUUUCUCUUAAACGUUUGUACCAGCAAUCAGGAGUUUUCUUUCCAAAAAUGAUGCAUAGUGUUAGUUCAGGCAGGUCACAGAGUCAAGCUCAGCCCACAGUACAUCAGCUAAUCCUUACGCUAGCCCACAUCAGCGAACAGCUCAGCCAAUUAUCAACUGUACAACUAACUGGCAAAUCUCAGAAUAGGUGUUCAUACUGCUUAACCUACCUACUCUUCCUGCUACUCUUCUGCAGACCACUUUGCAACACACCUUCUUUGCUUCUUUUUUGAAUAAGAAAAAGAAGAUAGCUUGAGGUCAUGCUGCAAGCUUCAGUUUUGGCUGACUUCCAUCUGUGAUCUGUGAGUUUGCACCAGGUUCAGUUAAGGUGUGAGCUAAAUUAAGAGCCAACCUGCACCUGUUCAAACCUGGACAGUUGUUAAUGCUCAUACUGUCCCUGUGUGUUUUGUCUCAUUGGCAUUCAGCACCAGCAGGACUCUGAGCACCACGACGCACCGGUGCACAGCAGGCAGCAUUAAUCAAUGCACCGAGCAAUCAGCACCUAGCCUAAUUCAAUCACCCCUCCAACAGAAUACCACCAUUAGGACAACAGAGCAAUGUGUGUUCAUUCCACUGUUAUGUCUCGGUGAUUUGUGUGUGUGUGUGUGUGUGUUGUGUGUGAGUCCCUCUGCAAGCUGAAACAAACCUCUUCAGAGAGAUGAAGUGAAGAGGGAGCAGAUAGAGAGAAUUAUGGAGAGUAGUUCUGGGUCAAAUUGGUGUUGCGAUUUCCUUGCAGCGCACAAGAGACGCAAAAGUUCAGACAAGGUCACAGAGAUGACAGAGUGGGCUGUGUUUUGAUUUUCUGUGGAGGGAGUUGAAGUUGUACAUACACAAAAAAAACCUUCACAAAUUGUUUCCUGACAGGCAGAAAAGAUUUUCAUUCACCCGUGUUGUGAUAACCGAAGACAGUUCUCGACUGAAUCAGAGAAAUGGAGACAAUACGGCUUCUGUAUUUCAAACCCGAGUCUUUUUCUGACACUUUUGUCUCCCUUUCAGAGUUUUCUUCCUCUUCUUUCUUGCUUAAUAUUUCACAUGUACUCCUCUGUAAUCCACCAAAGCUCUGGCUUUUGUUUCGCCGCCUCUCACAUUUUCUUUCUUGGCUAAUUUAUUACCAUUCCGCUCUCUUCUGUCUCUCAAACCGAUUGGGAUCACCAAAAGUGGUUUUUAACCGCGGAAACUCACUAUUUCCCAAGCAAACUGAAAAAAAUCCUUCAAAGAAAUCACAGCGGGAAUCCUAAAGUUUGUGCAUCCGUUUUUGCAGCCUGUAGACUUUUGCAAAACUUUGUGAAAUAUGUAGGGAAAGACCAUGCAACGUAAGAAUACACGAUUGUUAUUCCAUUUAGAAAGAAAAAUGUAGAUUAUAAACACAGACACUGUAGAUAUUGUGUACUUAUAAUCCGUUCAGUCAGAGCUCAGAUUAUUCAAUAUGCCAGGGUCAAAAGACGUGAUUAAAGUAUGUUAUCUUUAACUGCGUGCUAUUUUGUCCCAUUCGUUACACCGUAAUCCAACUGCUGCAGUGUCUUCCUGCUUCCUGCUGUCUUCAAAUGGAAAAAUAACAGCAAUGGAUUUUGGAAUAGCACUUCCGGACAAACUCUUUGAUGGCCCGGUGGACAAAUUAAAAGUAACACGCAUUCUGAGAAUCAAAAUGUCACCAUAAGAGGACAGUGUUUGAGGGACACUCUCAGGUCGGCAUGUUGUGACGAGUCAUACACAAUAGUUUCACUCCUACAGGAAAAGCAAAAACAGGUGGAACUUCUAAAAAGUGCAAAAGCUUUUGGCAAGAUAAUCUGAGAUAACAUUUGGAUAAAAGAAUCAAUAUUUCAAAGGCUUACAGUUGCAUCCCUGUUUGAUGGAGCUAUAAAAACCUGCAUCAUUGUGUUGCAAAGUGUGUCUUCUCUCUGACACCCAGACAAAACCCUCGACAGUACUGACAAUGUCCGGGUUUCCAGUUUAAGUAAAACGAGUCUCCACCGGGCUGACUCUUAUCGGACCUAUAGAUUAAAGAGACGAUGCAUCAGCCAUUUACUCAGGCCAGCACUACCUGUCUCCUCUCCUCCUCCUCUGUCAGGUGGGUGUCACAGAGGACUCACGGAGGGUCUAUUGAUCGGCUGUUAGUGGGAGGCUUUCUGUAUGACAGGACCUUUCGGUGCCGCUGGGAGGAGACUCCAUCAAUAUCCUCCUGACUCAGAUACAGUGAAGGAGGUCGAUUCAUAUCUCUACAUCUCUUUCCUGUUUCCUCACAUGUCUCUCACCUUUCCUAUUCUUUGCCUCACAUGUCUGAAUCCUUUGAUAAUCCCUCUUGAAGUGCAGAUAGUGACAUGUCUUUUUUCAGAGUGUUAUCCUGGUAGUGCUGGUAGGAAAGUAGAGCUGCUCAAAGUAAUCAUCCUUUAUGUUAAUUCAACUGUUUUUACUUGAAAAUACAUCAUUCAUUUUGGCUAACUGAGUUUGGCUGUUUUCAUGUUGCAAAUCUGCACUAUAACCGACACUGAGCUGUCACUGCUGCUUUGAGCUCUGAAAUAGCGUUAUAUUGGUGUCCCAAAGUGUGAUUUCACAUUGCAUCAAGACGCUGUUAAAGCGCAAGGUGCAAUGCAUGUAAACACACAGCAGGGGCCCCAUACACACACACACACACACACAGGCAAAAUCAUUACACCUCUAAAACCGUCUCUGAAGGCAUGACUACGCCCUGUCAUUCAACAUCUGUGCAAUGCAGUUUGCAGAAAAAGCAUAACAGGGGUGUAAAUAUCCUGCCGAGGCUGUUUAUCUGUCAGAGCUUUAGGUUUUACUCUGGGUUUUGGUCCAAGAAAUAUCAAGGACAGCAUUUUUGGUGUUCCCAGUUCUCACAAAAGAUCAGGUGUGAGUGUUUGUCUGCUCCAUUACUGACCCUCAAGAAGCCAGAGGAGUUCAUACUUCCAGCCUUUUGAUGAGAAACAGAACAACUGCUGAAGUAUUGGCGUAGCUGCAGCUCGUGUUUGAACUGCAGAGAUGUUUGAUUUUCGGUCUGUGUCGGAGUUUCGCUUCUGUUGUUGUCACUGUAAUUCACUGUAGAUGCUGGAUUUGCUUUAGUCGCAGAAAAUUGGGCACCAUUACAUUUUUAAAAGGCCAAUAAUUUACUUCCAUGUGUUGGGGUCACAGCCUAGCAACAGCAGGUCUGAGACAUAGCAACAGCAAAUGCUGUAAUUGGACCUUUUUGACUCAUUGCUGUAGUAUCAACAUGAACAAACACAUUUUAUCACAAGGACACAAACAUACGGAGGGAAUGAAAAGAUGUAUGAUUAGAGGAAAGAUGGAAAAUGUGCUUUGAUGGAGAAAACCAACACGCAGUUCAUAGAAAGAGAUGGUUUAUGGUGGCUCUUUUAGUGUAAAUAAUGAACUUGCUGCUCCGUCCUUGAGCAUGUGCCGCGUGUGUGUCCAUAUGUGUGAGAUGCAAUCGUGGGUGUGUGUUCAACAUGGCAUUGAGCACUAAUGGCAUGGUGUGGUCAUGUGUCACUGCUUAAGGUCACUUCAUCACCUGACUGGCUCCAACGCAGAUAUAAUGUAGGAGAACAUUACUCACUGCAAGGGCUUCUGGGAAAAUUUAGUUCAGAUGUAAGACUGAAGAAAAGAAGAAGAAGGUAGUGAGGGCAUCUAUGAUUUAAUUUGCAUUUAUCGAAGAGUAGUAUUGUAGUUUUUUUGCAAGAUAUCCGUCCUCUUGUUUGAUGUAAAUGGAAGCAAAACCCCUGAGGCAUUGUUUUGGACUGGGACUGAAAAUUAAAAUGUAGAAAACAUGAAAAGUCUUGAUUACUUUUAUAUUUAUGAGUGCCCAGGUUGCCACGAGUCAUACUCAGUAUUUAAAGCUUUUAAAUAAAACUGAUUAAUUCUACAGUGAACAAAAAUGGUCUGAAGCAAAGCUCCACAAUGUCAGGAGUUCAUGAAACCAGGCUGAUUCAAUUGACUCAGUCGUUUGACAAAUUUGAAGAAGUCCAGUGUAGGAAAAGAAAUGACUGUGUGAAGGGUACGUCAUCAGUUCGAAGUAUAAAUAGAUUAAUUACAGCAGGAUGAUGCAGUUAGGUGGACUAACAGGGAGGAGCUGCUGUAUGUGGUCUGAUUAGAGGUGAAAUAAUUGAUAAAAGCGGAGAGUCAACAAGGCAGACAAGGAGUGUAGUGAGAGGAGAUAAACUUCUAGUUUGUUUGGCUAGUGACCCCAAAAACUCAAUCUGACCAAGAACUACAUGCCAAUUUUAAAGCCUCAAGAAGUAGUCCAAAAACUCUCACUUUUACUUAAAGCAGGUUUUGCCUUUGCCUGCACUAAAAUUCUUCUUGCCGUCAUGAGAAGAAGGAAAUGAUGUAUUUUAAGUCUUUUAAAUGUGCCCCAGUGUUCCUGUUCCUCUCUUAAAUGCACUAACUUUCUUUUGGUUGUAUUGGAAGGAAGUGAAAGAGGUAGUAAUAGGGGGUACUGCAAAACCAAGUAGUCAACAACCAGCAAGUGCUUCUGCUUAAAGAGUUCAGCCACACAGUGCUGUGACUCAAAACAGGCGGGAAAUUUCGUUUCAGAAUUUGCAAGAAACAUGCAGAGCGAUGCAAGCAAGUUCAAGCAAUGUUUUGUGAAAGAGAAAGAGAGACGGCCCAAGACAUGAUCCCAGAGGAACUCCACAGGCGUAAAAAAACUUCACAACAAAAUUUGGUUGAUAACUGGUGGAGAUAAAGAUAAAAAAAAUAAAUAAAUAAAUAAAAAUACAUACAAUGACAGAGAUUUUUAGAAAGGUCACAUACAUGAUGAUCACGUGAUGUCCAAUGAAAUUAAGAAGUGUUUGAUCAUGCACGACAUUAAGGUAUCCUCAAAAAAGAGCAUUAUACAUACUGCUAAAAUAAACAACAGGACCAAGAAUUGAUCCCUGAGGAACCCCACAGAAUUUACCAGUUGUUGUAAAUCAACAUUUGCUUACUUACAGAUGUGUUUGGGUCAUUAAAGUUCAGUGAUAAGGGAAAAAAAAUGACAAACAUUGAGAAAUAGUUUAAAGCCCAUACUUAUAUAAUUAUACAGUGAAAUUAGGAAGUUUAUGAGUGGAUGUUCCUACAUAGAUAUUGUAUAUUAUAUGAUUAUCAAAUUGUAAUGUAGUGUAAUCUGCACUAGAAAUAAUACUGAACUUACAGACAGAAAAUGCACCAAUAGAACUGUGCAAUUUUUAUUAUCAAAAUAGGACAAAUGAACUGUCUGAGCCUGUUUCAAAGCUGUGUAUAGUUGUAGAAAUAGAUUAUACAGGAUUCAUCUUAUGCACUGUAAUUUACUCUGUGGUACAUUAUAUUUGUUUGCAACAAAUCAAGCUGUUUUACAUGAUCGGAAACAACAAGAUAAUGAAGCCAGCCACCAGUGUUCAAAGAAGUUAUACAAACGGCUUCUGACCCGAAUCUUCUUUGUUAUUAUCUUUUUCUCUCCUGCAAAGACACCAUCACAGAGAAAACAGAGCUGCCGAGGGCGUGAAGGUUGUGACAAUGACAAGUUGAAAAUGUGAGAGGGCGUAACCUGAAGGCAGCAUCGUUUCUGAUGCUGCUAGGUACAAAUCAUCUCCGAGACACACACACUCACACAUUUCUUACCCCAUUACACCCUGCUCAUGUUCUCAGCUUCACAGUAGAUGUACAUGAGAAAAAAAAAAAAAAAAGGAGGGAGGGAGGGCUGGGUGACCGAGACGGAGAGCGACACAAUGAGAAGAGGAGAGGAGGGGGAAAGAGAGGGAGUGCGGGAAAAGCAGAGAGGGGAAGAUGAUGCUGGGAGUGAGUGAGUGAGUGAGUGGAAGCGCUCAUUAAUAAGAAUUUAGAGGAUGUGAGGAGAGGACAGCGAGCAAAGCAGACAGCGUUCGCAGGACUGCAGGAGGAGAGGGUGAAGGGGAAGAUAGAGAUGGAUGGGAGAAGAAACGAGGGUCAGAAACGGAUGUAAGAGAGUUGGACAGCUCAGAGGCAUCAUCAUCAGCAAACUGUGCACAAAUCGAUCAACAGCAUCCAGGUGUUUCCCUCGCAGGAGCAGCAGAGGAAACAGGAGGAAAAGAGGAAGAUUGCUUUGUUCUGCCUCUCUGCCUCUUCUUCAUUUGACCGCGAAAUGAGGAGUGUGUGAGAGCACUCCAGCUGAGCCGCACAACCCAAACAUCACACGCCAGAUGAACACAUACAGUUUGCGGAGAGUUGGCACCGCCAGCAAACAUCCUCAGCUACUUUCUGCAGCUGCCAGUGGUUGAGUUGGGAUUUACGGGCUGGACCAGAGGCGGCAUUUGAAGCAGGUGUCAGGUAUUUGUGCGUGAUGAUUGGGGAUCAGCUGUUUUGUAGAGAAAUUCAGGGAAAGAGUCUCUGAGGACAUUUAAAACACUGAUGAGUUCGCAAGCAUGUGUUAAUAUCUGGGAAAGUGCGUCAAUGUGAAAAGGGAGGAGAGGAAGGUUGAAAGAAAAUACUGUUCUGGAAGUCCGGAGGAAGCAGAGAGCAGUGAAAGGCACUGUUAAGAAAAAGUCAGCGCAAUUUCCACGCAUGUCAAAAUCAAGAUACAUGGGAGCCCGGAGUCAUGACGUGAAAUAAGGUGAUGAGUCCUGAGGAAGGAGCCAGAAAGGGAUGAGGUUGUGGAGGGUAAGAGGGCAAAAAUGGGCUGCCCCUGCCCUGUGGCGAGUCCGGCUGCCUCUACCGCCGCCUCCCCAUGAACAUGCAGGUCCUACAGAUUGUCAAGGAGCUGGUGUCACCGUCCAGACGCAGAGCAGCAACCAGAUUUGGAGGUUUGUGCAUGGACCAUUCAUCACUUUUUCUUGUUGUGACUCAUGUUAAAGUCAGUGGAUGUAUUUCUCUUGACAAGCAGUUUAAAACGGCAAGAAAGGGUCAGAUAACUGGAGGAAUAAGGGGGUUGUGAAUGUUUGGGGCUUAUACUGGAGUGUCACAACAGGUUAUUAGAAAGUUGUGCUUUCCUCCUCUGAAUCAAAAGGGGUCAGUUUUCAGUUUGUUUAAGCAGAAUUGAAAGCUGCCUCGAUUGGCUGUCAGGAGCUGUUAAUCUACCUGUCACGUCUUCAUGUAGAUUAUAGUGGACAAGUCUCUCAACUGUGUAAGUUCUGCACCCCAAGCUUGUCUAUUUCAGAGUCAGUUUUGCUUAACAGGGUUGUUCUUAGAGGUUUCCAGAUAUUUCAAGCAAACCACUUUAUUGGGAGGCUUGUCCAAUGACAUCUUAAAGCAUAAACUCUUUAGAAAACAGGUUUUUCUCCAGUAGCUCUCUGUAUUUUGUUGAAAAAAAUAUCCAAAUGGUCUUCAUUUGGAGUUCAAGGCAACUCCACUUGACUUUUCACAGGAGGGUUUGAAUUACUUUGAACACAAAAGUACACACAAGGACUUUCCAAACAAGUGAUAGACCUUCAACAUCUUUAAAUCUAAAAUUGUGCAUUCAUAGUUUUCUGUAAAGUAAUGAAUGUUCACCAGUAAUGCCUUUAUGUGGUUCAAUAAAGAUUUUAAUGGAGAGGGUUGUCCUUGGACGGUCUGCAUUCAGAGUUUUUCCAUUCUGAGGUCAACCUUAGAAAUAUUGAUGAAAGCGAAUUUCACAAUCAGGCAAGUCAAAACCCGACUUUAACUCAGGGAACUGCAGUUUUUCUGAGUGCUCCACUGCUGAUUUUAUUUUUCAAGGCUGAAAGCAUUCGAGAUCAUAAAAGAGGCAUGACGGAAACAAGAAGGGAUCACUGUAGAGCAUGCAGGGCGGAACAGCACUGUGUGUGUGUGUGUGUGUGUGUGUGUUUGUGUCAGUGUAAAGCCCCUGCUGGGUCUUUAACUCUCAUGCUCCCUGAUGGCAUAACGCAAUGUGAAAUGGCACGCCGGGAUGCCAAAAUGCAAGUAGUUUGAAAGCACAGAGAGGUAUGUUGCAGCACUGUUGCAGACUUGUUACACAUUUAGGUCUUGGAGCAUUUUAAGUGAAGUGUUGUCGCGUCAGAUCUUAAGGAAAAACCGAGUCAGUCCUUUUCUGACGGGUCACACUGUGUACAACCUGCUGCCUGCCAAAGCAGGGAAAGAUCUGAAUCAGUUCAACAAGUGGGGAUUACAGCUCCCACUUCAGGACAGGCUUGUCUCAAAGGCAUCUGAGAGUGUUGCAGUCGACAGAAGUGGUACUGUGAUGAAUGAAAAAGAGCUCAAGAGGGAAGUUGAAACACCGCUCAAGGGCUGGACUGUCCUUCUUCUAGAGUGACUGAACUUGAUUGAUUAUGAUCUCUCUGCACUGAUUCAGGUAAGCAUAUUCAGAAAAUUAGAGGUUGUAUUGCAAAUAAGCGAGAGUUGCAAAGGAAAUUUGUAGUCAAUUUUGCUUUGCAUUCACUUUGGGGAAAGUUACCCUCUUCUCAAUGAAGUACCACUGAAGCGGCACUAUUUUAAGUGGGAGCAAUAAUCACUUGAAAGAACACCAGUGCUUUUGAAACUGAAGAAAAUAAAUACUCUGCAAAGAAAACCAGACAACUGGGGCUGAAACUGCUUCAACUCUCAAAGAUUUAGUUUGUCUGGCUUAAUAAGUUCAUUAUUUUGUCCUCAAUGUCACUGACGUUAAACCUUCUGUCUGUGCUGCGUUUAUCUGAAUGAAGGGACACCUGCGAGCAGCUAAUAGCUCCGCUGAUGUGGGACAGAAGUUUGUAUAUGUGUGUCCUGCGGCUACAUUACUCUGGUGUGCUAUGAAUAAAGAAGCAAAGUGCCCGGGGUAAUCGAACACUCUGUGACCCCUCACCCUACCUCAUCCUGCCGCUCACGAUUGGAUCAGGGCUCGUGCGAUCGCCCUGAUUCACGUCUACUGUUGCAAAACAAGCGUUGUUUUUAUUGUCGCCUCUCAGACUUUAUGACGGCUCCUCUCCCCUGUAGCAGGAAACCACAGCUUGUUGACUUCUUGCUUCAGUACUUUUCAAAUAAAAAGAAAGCUCUGUGUUUCCUGGGGGAGUGAUUUGCAUAAAUUUAACGAGGGGUUGAUGGGCAGGUAAAUUGGUGCUUCUUGUAGAUUUCUCCAAAAAAAAGUCAUGUAAUUAGGACAUUGAUGAUAAUUUAUGAUAAUUUCUUCUGAAAACCUUCACUCUGUGUCUUAUUGCAGGGUUUGUGUUUGCAUUAAUUUGAGUUGGAUGUGCACAGCUGUGGGACUUCUUUGUGUUUUUUUUAUAAACACGAAAAAGAGGCUUUAAAACAGACAACAUUUCCAAAUCAUCUCAAGGUCUGAUUUCCAAAUGGGAUGUCCUUGAAAAAUAUUCAUACUCCUCUAUUUUAGAUAAUGUAGAUCCUGUACUAAAACAUCAGUGGUUGGCUUUUAUCAGAGCUUAGUCCGGACAUGAUGGAGACUUACCACUCAUAACACGGAAGCAGCCAUGAUUGCAGGUAAUAAAAAGUAAUUUACUGGAAUAAUUUAUGACCAACAAUGAUUAGACUGCAUUUUGGUCACAGCAGAGCCUUAAGCCUUAAGCUUGUUACCACAAGGUCAUCUCCUAAAUGACCUAUCAUGUACAAAAACAAUUGAUGAAACCCAUUAGCAGUGAAAUACUUCAGUACAAUAGAAUCAACAUAUUAUCACGGUAUAGUUGUCCGACUAUGAGAAGUUUGAUUUUGUGCGAUUUCAGUUGGAUUCAAGUGUUGACAUAUAUUUUAAAAGUCCAGUUUCAGUCAGACUAAGACAAAUUAUUUUUUUAACAGGAAAUAGACAAACUGACUGAUUACAAUGAAAUCGCAUCAGCACAGCCAUCGGGUAAGCUAGUGCUCCAGGACACCUUUUAAAGACAAGGUACCAGGAUGUAACACUGUCACUGCAAAAAGCAAAAACAAAAACCUCCUACUCCUAAAUACAUGAUUGAUGUGUUACUUGAUGCCUGAAACUUAAUUUGCCCCGUAAUUUCUGUGUAGAUAAAUACAGCUUUUGUAGUUCUAAGAAAGCAGCACCUAUCAAAGUUUCGGUGCUUCGGCAUUUCACAAACUCAUGUGGAAAGGAAGGAAACUCUCACAACAGAGCCAUACAAUUCUCGGAUUGAUGGAAGUGAUCUUAUCCUCUCUUAUUGCGUUGUAUCGCAGUGUCUUAUAAGACUUUAUUUCAAUGUCUUCAAGGUUUCAGUUGUAGUGAACUUGUUAAAACGAUUUCCCAAUAAAAAAAUGUUUUCAGGGACCCAAAGUAAGCGUCAAACUCAGAUUAAAAAUGUGAACGAACCUCGUCAAGCAUCAAAUUUUGCAUAUUUACAAGUCUUUACAGUCAAGGUCAAACAUGUUUAUUGGGAUGUAAAUGUAAGAGGAGCCGCGUGACCUUGUUCUUUCUCUGUUCCAUUAAGCUUUUAUAUCAGUUUCAUGAAGCCGUAACAUCUGCCAUCAUCGCCGCUCUAAAUAGAAAGCUUUAUGUGAUAGUGUGAGAAGCUAAAUUUACUCUACCUGCUCUUAAAGCUUGGAAGGAUCUCCUUUAGAAAGCGUUUAUUCAUGUAGAUAAUGCAGGUUGUCUGCAGCCAGCUGGCUUUUGUAACUGCUUUAAUUCAUCAACAAACCCCUGCAGAGCAUUCACACAGGACAAAUUAAGCCUUCUUAGUCCACAUUGCAGUUUGCAUUCCUUUGGGAAGUCAAUAUUUUGGGCAGAAAUCACUUCUUUCUUGAAUAAUUGCGAGUAAAUAAUAGAUGGAGUCAGGCGUGCAGGCGCUUCUUUCUUCAGACAGUGGGCUGAUUAUUAUUUGAGGCGGUGGACAAGGUCAGAGAUGUCCUUUAUUUUAUACCAGGGGGGGGCAGCGCUCAGAGAAGUUUAAUGUGGCAGCUAAAUAACAGCUUAACCUCUGAACUGAUACGCAGAUGACUCAGUGAUCACUUAAAUGGAUUCAGCCCAGAGGUGUCACUGACUCUUCUGCCUGAUCUGCUGUGUUUUUAAUGGGAAAUGUGGAAAUUAAACCAUCAGCGCUGUGACGAGGAUUGAAUAUUAACAUGUUUUUUUCUCAGCAUCAAUGUCAAAUCUACCAUGCUGCUUUUCUGAAUGGCACUAUUAUGGAGUUUAAAAUGCAUAAUGAUAUUUGAAUGUCUUUACUUAUUUGGUUAAGAAAAUCUAAACCAUCACUGUGAACUGUGUGCAUUUAUUUUAGCAUUAGCGAUGUUGUGCAGCAUUUUAAAGCACCCCUUACUGUCUGCAUCAGCCAUUCUCAAGACUUUAUACAUCAACACCACAGAGCAUCUUUACACAUGUGGAAAAAGGUGAGCAUAUUGUGGGGCCUGAGUGUUGAGUAGUUGCUGCCUGAGUGGUGUGAGAUGUGUUGCCUUGGAGCUAGUCCAGGCAAGCAACUUAUUUCAUGGCCUAGGUCUUGCUUACAGCCACCUUACAAACCCACCAUCCGUUUUUGCUGCAAGCUUUUACCGCCAGAUGAUAAAAAUGAAGCUGUGUGUGUUUUGUUAUUUUUUAAUAGACUUUGUUGUUGCGAGGUUCAUUUGCAUAAAAGUUAAUGCAUACUUGCUCCGUGAAUAUUCUUCAAACUGCAUUAGUGCACAGAGAUACUAUUGCUCUGCCGGACAGUUUGGAGUGAAUUUAACAUCAGGAUCCAACUUUUUGUUUGUGGAAAAGGUUUUGCUGGUUCAUUUUAUGUACAGUUUGGAAAGCAAUGUCAAAGAACAAACCUACUGCACAUGCCACACUGAUAUGCAUCCUAGUUUUUCCGCUUUUUGCAGGAAGGUUUUAGCAGCUCAAGCAGUAAAACACCUUUGAAAGGUGAUGAGGUAAAACACAGCAUUAUUGUUGUAUAGGGCUGGAAAUCACUAGUGGCCCAACGAUACGAUAUUAUCACAAUACUUGGCCCAAUGAUACGAUAUUAUUGCAAUUUUUAACAUUUUACAAUACAGUAAGUAUUGGGAUACAAUAUAUUGCAAUAUCUACAAUUUUUUUCAACUUCAACUUUUCAACUUCUCAACUUUUUUUUUCACCACUGCCAACCUCACUAGACAAAAAGUUGAUUUUAUUUUUCCAUUAUCAUAGAUUUGACUUCAUAUUAGCAAUUAAUUUGAAAAAUCGAUACUUGGUAAAUGAGAUGAUAUGAUAUAUUACCAGACAAAAUAUCGCAAUACUAUGCUGUAUCGAUUUUUUCUCCCACCCCAAAGAGCUCCAGAGGAGCUCUUCAGUCACAUUUCCUCCAUGUAUCUGGCUUGCUUGGCAUUGCUUUAAGCACUUUAAGAUCCAUGUAUGUUAUUGUGGGAUGUCUUUGAGGUCGAUAUCCAGCAGGAGUUACCUGCUUGGAGCUCCCAGCGUCUCUUUGGCCUUUUGUUUCUGGAUGCUCAACUCACACUUAUGCUCGGUAAACCCUCUCAAGCUCCUUGGUGAUGACCGUGGUCACCAUCACCACAUACGGUCAUGCUACUUUGAUAGAAACUAAAAGUCACUCUGUGUUGGAUCAUUUUAAGUAUAAAAGUACAUGACCUCCAUAUUAAAUUUGAGAGUAGUGGUUGUUUUUCUUCGUUGAAGUGCUCUUAAGUGUACUUUUGAACCACCAGGCUGCCAGGGUUGUUGGCCCUGCUCUUGUUUGUGAACACUACUCGCUCUAAUACCUCUAAAUUCAUGUUGUAAUGAUUUAUUGAUUUUGAAAAUGCUACAAGAGGAACCUUUAACACCAGCAGGCCACACUUAGCCUCCAGCUUUAGACUGCAGCUCUUCACGGUGCUGUUACACUCUGCUGUGAGUGUGUGUGAGACCCGAUGGCAAGAGUGUGAAAGUUAUUGUGAGGCAGGUAAGUGUGUGUAAUCAGCUCUUAAGGCACAGACACUUAAACAGAGAGCGAGUUUGAGAGAUUUCGGCUGCUUUAUCGACUGGCCUGGAAACGAUUCGCACUUUCCAUUUGGCUGUCGACUUUAUCUGCGUCCAUCAGGCCUGCAGAGGAAUUCACCUUGGCUCUUUUCUCAGAGCGGAUCAAUGCAGCCAGAUUUAGAGAUGGCCCCGGAACAGACACACAAACACGCUCAUGCACAUAUGCAUACAUUCAUACUCUCACUGCGGUGCAGGAAGGUGCUGAGGUGUGAGGUGCAGGCUAAGCAGAUGUUGCUACUGUGAGUCCUGCGGUGAUGCUGGAGCUUAGACUCUUAGAGGAUAAUAAAACAGCACGUGUGGGGGAGAGAUGCUGACAUUUCAGCCUGUUCAAUCUCAAAUCUGCUGCACAGAAGGUUCAGGAAUGAUUUAAAUAUAAAGGGAAAAGCACGCAAACAAAACAGAAAUCCUCAAUGUAGUCCUUAAGUAGUUGCAAGAGGUUUAUCUGCAGAUGUAACUCUCUGCUCUCAAUGCAUGCAAAGAUAGUGUGAAGCAUUUUCCAUCUUAAGUGCUCUCUAAUGCAAGACAUUUACCUUUCAAUUUAUUUCUCUCAUUUUGUCGAUUCAUUACGGGUUAAGGUCUCUUUAGGGGAUUGGAAACACAUUUCUGCUCCGUCUUAUGGCCCGUCAGCUGAGAGUUAGUGGUUGAAAUCCUUUGAGAAAUAAAUAAUUCCUUUGACUUUUUGUGAGUCAAAGUAAAGCCUGUCAGCAUAUUGACUUGAAGCGCAUGCACAGACGCCUGCAGCAGCCCCGAGGCUUUAACCUCAGCCCUCAUUAAAAGCUUUCUGGUCAGUUCAGAGGAAGCAGAAUCACCCUGAGACCUCAUUAUAAUUUAAGAAUUCACCUCAUGUGCAUUUGGGUUCUUUGUUUUGUUUAAUUCACUUAAAGAGACUGGAUAAAACCUGCGAUUUUAGCACACUUUCGGCGUUAUCUUUGAUUGACAAGCCCCCAGAUUUUGUCUCCGAAAACUGUCAUCACAGCUCUCAUUACUGAUUUCAGCUGCUUUUAAAUUUCAGCCCUCAAGUAGAAGAAAAUGACACAAACAAAAACAAGAGAUCCCUCAGGAAAAACAAAAACAUCUCCAAACACGCUGCUGGUUAUUUAUGCCACGGUAGUUGCAGGGUUUUAUGUAUCAUUAUUUACAUUCUCUGUCUUUCUCUGUGACAGGAAAAUGAAUAUCUUUGAGAUGUGGAAAAUGCAAGACAUCUUAGUGUUGUCUUCGAUAAACACUUAUCCUCAAUUCAGCCCUGUCUGCCAUCAACAUUUAUGAAUGACAUAUUAAACACACAGUAUGUUGUUUAUAUGUUACCCCUAGUUUAUCUUAUCCACACAAACAGGGACACUUGAAGGGACUUUAAAUAGGGCCAGGGGAAGGUAGUGCGUACAGUCAAAUACAGUUAGGAUGAGCGUCAGCAAAAACAAGCUUCUUACCAAGGCUUUGAUUUCCUUGCCAUCUUUCUGACACCUCUCUUCAGACUUCCUACUCUCUUGUCCCCCUUUUUUCCCUUAUAGGGAGGUAGGGACAGGCGGAGCGUACAGUCUAACCCAGCAGAGUAAAGUUUCUGGACAUAGAGCCCUGACAUGCCUUUCCUGCCCUCUUCCUAACAGCUCUGCAGACUGUUCUCUCUGUUACCUCUUUUCCCGUAUGUGAAUCUGAAAUUAGGGGGAGUUAGAGCGUACAGCCUCACCCAGCAGUGUCAAACCUUGGCACAAACAAGGUCCUUACUCCACCCUUGCCUUCCCUGCCCUUUUAUAACAUCUCUAAAAAGACGUUUCCCUUUGUUUUUCCUUUCCUUUUCUUCAUGAAUAUGGGUGAGUUAGGGAAGGUAGAGCGUACAUGCUCACUCAGCUUUAACUGAACUGGUUCUUUCUCUGGCACUGCCUUCCUUGUCUUAUUUCUAACACCUCUUAGCUCUAUUUUCUGCUUUGUUUCCCUCUUAUCUUUACUCUCUGAUGUCCAUGCAGGAGUAGGGGGAGACAGGGCGUAUAUGGCCAAUCCCAGACAAGCACUACUCAAUCAAUGUCCUUUGACAACUCUCUUUUUUGCCUUCAUCCUUUCUCCCUUUUCUUGCAUGCUGGGCAGAAGGAGCCCAAAUCAUGGCAUAGAAAUGUUGUACUGAUCGAUAAAGCAAGUCCUAAUGGAUGAAUUGCACAGGAGCAGCUUAGUGCAAACUCAUCCAGUUGUAUGCUCUAGUUGGCUGAAUCAGUCUGAUACCCGAGCCAGAUGAAAAGUAAUUCCUCAGUUUAUUGGCUUCUACAAUCGUCUGUGCACUCCAACUUUGAAUGCAAUAUGUAUGUGGUGUAAUUUUUUUGUGGCAAAUUUGCAAUACCAGCAAAGAGUAGUGGUAAAAACCCAAGGUGCAGCAGACUGUAGGCUUCACUAGGCCACAAACUAUGUCAAAUUAUGGCGCGAGUGAUGGGAUAAAAACUGGUUUUGCAGCCGUGAUAAGCUGUGCCGACAACAGCCAUCAAGCAUUAGAUAUCCUACCUUUUGAAAACACUGAGUUUGUAAGAGAAGGAGAGGCAGAGCUGGAUUAGAAACACAUUAAAACAUGACAGAGUCGCUGCCAAACUGCAGUCUUCUUCUCCUGAUCGGCACGACGGGCAGCUCGCUGUCUCACUGCAUUAUUCAGCAGCCCUGAUACAUCUCUGUCUCUGCUAUGGCAUCCAAACACUCGGCAUCACACAUUCACACACUGCACCAGACGCUUCAUACCAGGACGUCCCUUUUAGUGUUCUGCAUAUUAACUCGUGAACCAUCUGCGGGUGUUUUUGCGUGUUUAUGUAUAUGUGCGGGGAGAAAGCACACUGUGGUUAGUUAAAGCAGAGGCCGGCAGACAGUGGAGGCCCAGUGGGUGUGGGUCUGAAGCCGCCUGCUGACAUCCAUACGGCCUCAGCCGGCUAAUUGCCUGUCUGUCCUCCCUAAAGGUUAGAGCUGCUUCAGACUGCCGCCGCCUGCCUUCACACAGCAGAGCAGGUUUGAUCUGAAAAAGCUGUUUUUUUAUUUUUUUGUCAGUGGCUGCAGCGUUUAUUUGAACAUCUGCGCUUGUUUCAUAUUUUUCACGCUUUGCCCUGAUGUCAGAUUUAGAGGAGUGUAUUGAUCCCUGUUUGCUGCCUCACACCUAGUCCUCUUAAAUUAUGCAUCAAACAGCUCUCUGUAGCUCCCCUAAACAUCAUUACUGACUUUAAGCUGCUGUAUUAAAUCUGUGAUGGAGCGUCAGGAUUCAGUGAGGCUGCAGAAAAUCUGCCUGCAAACUCUGCAGAAGACUCAACAGUCUGAUGACGCUGGAAAGUACAGUUUUUUUUCAAUUUUCUGAAAUACGAUUGGCUGAAUUUGAAAAGGGUACAGGUCUCUUUUUCUAUCCUGUAUCCGCGUCCUUUUCCUCUGCCUCUUUCUCCUCUUCCUCCCCUUCUUUGUUCCUUUCCUCUAGGUCUAGGUCAUCUGCUUCUUCUUUAACUUCUUCCUCAUUUUCUUUUUCUUCUUUUACAAAUAAAUCUUCAUUUUCAUCCUCUAGUUCUUGAGAUCUUGGUCAUCCUCUCUUUUUACUUCUUCUUGGUUGUCCUCUUUCUCCUCUCUCCUCUACCUCUUCAUCUUCAUCAUAUUUUCCUUGUACUUUUUCAUCAUCUCUAGGUCUGGGACAUCUUCUUCUACCUCUACUUUCUUAUCUUUAUCAUUUCAAUCACUUUUCUCCUCUACCUCCUAAUCUUUGUCAACUUUUUUUAUCGCUAUCAUCUUCUUUUCACUUUUCUUUUUCUUCAACUUCUUUUUGCUCCUCUACACUUCAUCACCAUCUUCACCAUAUUCUUUCAUUCCUUUGCAUUAUUCUUCUUUUUCUUCCUCCUCUACUCACUAGUCUCCUUUGUCUUCUUUCUCUUGUUCUUUUCUCCUUGUUCAUUUUCAUCUUCUCAGUCACCCUUUUCUUCUUCUUUUCUUCUUUCUCCUCUUCUUUUUGAUCCUUCUCUUUCUUGGUAACCUUUUGUUCUUCAUUUACUUCUUUCUUGUUCAUCCUUACGCACUCUCUCCUUUUUGGUCUUCUCUUUCAUUUUCUUCUUACUUUAUCUCUUCUUCCUUUUCUUUCCAGUUGUUUUCUUCUUCUUCUACUACUUUCUCUCCAUCUUCUUUAUCGUUUCCAUGUUCUCUUUUACACUUGAUGCCUUGCUUUUUUAUUCUAACUCUUCUUUCUUUUCUUUGCUCUUUGUUUUCAUUUUCUUUUAUUCCUUUUUUCCCACUUUUAUCACCAUCAUCUUGUCUCUUUUUUGUCAUCUUCUAUUUUUUAGUUUCUUGUGCUUCUUUUCUUUUUUUUUUACGUCUUCCUCUUAUCCAUGAUCUUCUUGAUGUUUUAUCGCCUUUUGUUUUUUCUUUAUCUUCUUUUUUUUUUUUUACAAUAUUCUGUCUUCUUUCCGAAAUCUUAAAUCAUCUACGAACUUCCAUCUCUUCUUCUGCCUUUUCUUAAUCGCCUCAUUCUUUUCCGUCACUUUCUUUUUGACUUUUUGACUCUUUUUGUUUUUCCUCUUCUAUUCAGUUUUUUUUUUCUGCUUUACUGGACUGGAGUGACACAACAGGACUAGAUUUUGAUCUCAUAGCUGAAUGUUUAUGAAUUUGACCCAGUCUGAGUAUUUUGUAAGAACAGACAAUAAAAAGAAAUGCUAUUCUUGUCGUUCAUUUGAUCACCACUCCAUCAUUAAAGUGAGCAAACAAAAAGACAACUUCAGUCUUUGUAUCUUUACAGACAGAGAGACAGUAUCAGUCUUCAAACACAUGGAUGAACUGUGUGACUCCUCCUCCGUCUUCCUCACUCUUUCUGUUUUGUUUCACUCCUCAGGUCUUGUGAGCUGUUGUUGUCUGUUGCCGGCUGCCCUGACUUGUCCCGUCUUGUUAAUGAAAAACUGGUGACGGUCAUGAUGUUGGCACCAGAUCAGUGCAGCUUCGCUCAGCCUUCAGACCAUCCGCUGUAUUUGAUCAAACUUGUUUGAAAGUGGCUGCUGAAUUUUUAUCCUUUUAGUGGGGAGACGUGGACGCUGCGCUGCCUGUGCAUGCGUGUUCAGAGCUGAAAUUUUUUACACAUUGUUUCCUGUUGCAGUUACUCAUCUGAGGAGCUGUUUGUUUACAAUCUUCUCUGAUCUGCUCACUCUCUCUUUCUGGGUCAUGAUCUGUUAAAUCUUUAAGCUUUGAUAUAAAGGCAGCAUGAAAACAUCCAACCACAAACGGUGGCUUCUUUCCCACCAUUUGCCAUCUGCACAUGCUCAGUGUGAGACCAUGACAGUUAAUUAGGUCGACUUUCUGGGAACAUCGCCCUUAAAUCAGCCUCAGUCUUUUUUAUUUUGACGGGCUUUAUUGUGCGGUUGAAUUCCAGCUGCAUGCACUUAAUAAGCCACUCUGGGGUUUAAGAAGGGUGUCAUGGUGGCAUGGAUUUGUGUGCAUGUUGUUUGUCAUGCCAGAAAAAGAGGGAAAUGACUCCAGAGUGUAACCUUUCUCACUGAGGAAGUUUGGCAUUUGAGGAACAGAGGCUUUUUCACUGUCUUUGAACACCACUUCAUCUAUUUUCUAACUUUGUACUUCGCAUAAUGACCCACUUACUGCUGCUGCUGUCAUUAAAAAAGAAGCUUUACAUUCAGAGGAUAUAAGUUAGACAUGCCUCCAAAAAAGUGAACCAGGAGCGGAUGAUGUGAUGAUUCUGCCUCUCCUGGGAUGAUUGGAUGUACCUGUAUUUAGCUCUCUCAUCUGCAGCCACAUUUAGCCUCUUUGAACACUAUUACUGCAUCUAAUUAUCUUCCAUGCUGCUGUUUCGCCCACUGACAGACACUUUGAUAUUGAUUAAUAUUUGCCUGCUGGGAUUUUGUGCUGCUCUGCUUUCACUCCUCUGAAAUCACACUGCUCUGCACCCGUGAUCUGCCAUGCUUUAUUAUUUUCUCUUUUACUCAAAACACUCGUAGAUUGGAGAUUCAACCAUUUUUCACUGAUGACUAAUACGUCUACUGUAUCCUUAUUUUAUUGACAAGGUUUUUGAUCUUUAAAGUGUCGGAAUAUGUGUCUAAAAAAUGUUUCUCCUCAUUCAACUUGGUGUUUGAGACUCGUGUUUUCUCCAAAACCAAAGAUAUUCAGUCAGUCAUAACUGACCCAUUUGACCCAUUUCCAUGUAAUCCUUGAAGGCAUGUAUUGAUCACUAAAUUAUUGUUGACCUGCGGUUUAAGAACGAGGUUUCCAAAGCCUCAAAACCCUAAAAGUCUCACAAGUAAUGACUUUUUAUCAUUCAGAAUUUGUUGGUUUGUAACAAACGGGGGCGGCAAAUAAAUUUGAAGUCUCUGCCAGUGAGUAUGGAUAUCUUGAAGUGACUAAUUUCCGAAUUUUUGUUAAACAGAAAUUGAAACUCCUGCGAAUUAACUUGUUUUAAAGUCUGAAACUUUCUGUAAAACAGUCAAAAGUGAGCAGAAUUUAGAAAACAUGGCUAAACAAGAUCACAUCAACUGUCAAAAAACAAAGUUGGUUUGCUAAGUUCGGCUGACGCUAGCAGAGCUAGCACCACCAGCAUUCAGUCCUCCCUGCAAAGGGACAUCCACAGGCCUGUGCUGGUUCUAUAUUACCCAGGUCAGUAUAACCAGACACAGCCUUCAAACAGCUGUCUUCAUACUCUCUAGAUCAAAAUACAUUCAAGUUGUACAGAUUUAUAGCAUCAUGGCGGCCACCAUGACCUCCAGAUUCUCGAUUAAAACGUGUUGUAGAAAAGCUGCUCAUUAUUAUCAAGAUAAUCCCUUUUAAAAACUUCACAUGAUCAUAUAGGAUUAAAGUGAAAUCAGUAUUUUCUCUCACUACAGUUACAUAACUGGCUCUGAGCCCAUCUUGAACACAUCGCCCCUUUAUGCUUUGUGUGUUUUAAUUUAUUCACAGGAACAUUCAGGUCAGAGGUAUCCAGUGUUUUUUUGCCCGCUGAGUUUUUGCUGUUUGCGGUUAUUUUUUUGUUUUGCCUGUCAGUGCCAGGACGCCCACCCACCCACUCUCCAAACUCAGUGUUUGCAUCUCACAUACCCAACUGAAGACAGGAGAGAGGGAAGGGAGAUGACGCUUUAUUUUAGAGUCAAAUUCUUCCAGAUUUUGUUCAUUUAAGAACUCUGAUUUAUUUCAAUAAUCAAACCCUCUUUCCUCUUCAUAUUUGGCUUACAUUUUAAUACCAUUUUCCAAACACAUCAGGUUUAAUGUUGCUUCCUUUCCUCUUUUUAACACUGCUGUUUUGUAAAGUUAGAGAAUGCAUGAAGCUUUGUUUGCAAAGUAUGAAUGGAUGAAAGUGUGCAGCACAAAAACAAGAUUAAUCACAGGUCGACUUUUGUGUUUUCUAACCCCGUGCUGAAAUAACAUUCAUGAGCGACAAUUAAAAAGUUGUCAUUUAAACCUGUAAAGACAGACAGUGCUGGGGAAAAAAGAUUAGCCCGCUGCAGGAAUGUGUAGUUCCCAACAAAAGAUAGUGAGGAGGAAACAAGCCUCCCCGAGAUGAAAGCCUGUGUGCUGAGUGGAUCUUGGUGCUGGAUCAGGGUCACUUUUGAAGGUAGUGAAGCACAAAUAGAGACGAGAUUAAGUGGACUUCUAGAAAAUGGAGCUGACGUCUGAAGCAGCACACCCCCCGUCCGCGAGCCUGCCCUCCCUCCCUCCCUCCCUCUCUGCCCGACUGCUGUGACCCUGGAGCUUCAGCGGUGAUAACAGCACUUCAGUCCCAUCUGACAAACCCAGAGAUAUUUCCUGUGAAAAGAGAAGAGAAAUCUUUUUUCUUCUUUUUUUUAUGGCCUGUUGCUCAUUUCUGCUUCCCCAAACCCCGCCCUCACUCUCAUUUCUGAUAUACCACAUCACAGGACCCUGCAGGGUACAUCACGUCCAUUUUAUAAUGAAGUUUUAAUGGAAACUGUUCAUCAUCCAACUGCCAUCAUCUGCCCACUUAAGUUCUCUCCACUAUUUCCAAACUUCAACGAGCGCAGAAUAAUAAAAAGUUUUGAAAGAUGAGCAUCAGAAGUGGUUUGAGCCAUUUGAUUUAAUCAUGAUGUUGUAUCAUCAUGUUAUAAUUAUUACAAUACCAGAUUGUAUUUACAUAAACUGCAUCUGAUACCAAUGGUGAUAAACCAAGGUUCCUAGUUCUGGUACCACUUGUUCAAGAGUAGGGACAGGUAUGGAGGACCGGAUCCAGAUGAAAACUGUUUUCAACAUGCUCGAUCCGCUGACCUUUUGUCAUUUGCCUUCAUGCUGGAUCUCUUUGAAGAAGUCAGUGAAAACAAAUACCAAGGAGUCAAGAGAGUAAACAUGGCAGACAUUGGUCAGAAGUGAUCCAAACCACAGUCAUUUCCAACAUAAUAUGUGGUGUUAAUAAUAUCAUCUCCAAAUAAACAGAAGACUUUGUGUGAAAUCCACUCACUCUGUGAGAGCGGCAGCUUUCAGGGAUCCAGAUUCGAGUCCUCAAAAAUGAAGGGUAAAGAACAGGGCUUGACACUAACUUUUUUCACAGGGAGCGCAUAUGCUCCUAAGUUAAAAGAGUAAGGAGCACACAAAGAACUUCAGGGGCAUAAUGAAAAUUGAUCAAAUAAUCAAAUAAUCAGUCUUUUGGUCACAUGACAUGGAAGCUAUUGAAGAAAAUGUUCAUAAUUUGCCUUUAGAUUUAACACAAAUAUUUUUAGAGGACAAAUUGGGGAAAUAAAAAGGUGUGUCUUAUUGUCCGACCUUAGUACUAUUAUUUGAAAUCAAUUUUAGGUCAACUGGUUCACAUGACAUGGAAGCUAUUGAAGGAAAACAGCCUUUUUGAGAACAUCAACCAGUAAUUUAUUGACAGUCCCUUAUUCGUUGACAGUGAGGCAGCCGAGUAGAUUUAUCCACAUUGCUGUUGUUAUUCUUGGUUAUGGAGGCUGAAAAGACACCAGUAGAUCCACAAUGAAAGUCCGUCGAAUAUCCAACCUAAAAACGAUCUACAGGAAAAAACAUUUUUUGCCUCGGCUGAUUUUUUUUUAAGCGCAUAUGUGCCCCUAAAUACUUUUUACAAUCCGCACACAUAAAUUUUUUGUUGCAAAUGCAAGUGAAACUGUCACACUCUCACAAUUAUGAGUCAAUAUGAGCCAAAAAGCCAAUUAUCUGUUGUUAGCUAACCAUGCAACAGAGAGAAGCUGCCAUCUUUGUUGUUGUUGCUUACCAGCCAAUCAGAGGCUGUAUCUGCAGUCAGCUGACCUGUAAAGGUCUAGUGAGAAACCAGGCUGCCCUGUCUCAGCAGAGUGGUAAGGGUCAUAAUACCAUAAAGUCUGUUAACGAGUGGCGUGUUUGGGUUAAAAUUCAUGACACUGAUGGAAAACAACAGAUUUCUGGCAUUUUCUAGCAUUUGAUAUCCUGCUAUGAUCAGAUUUGUAAUUUUCUGUUAUUGUCAUAUCGUCAUUUAUCUGAAACUAGUUUAUUUUAGGGGCUGACCAUGGUGUGGGAUUAGUACGAUGACAAAUACCCCUCCCAUACUAUAUUUGGGCUGUAUCCCAUGUCAGUAUUGGGCCUUGUACCUUUAUGAGAACAAGUGUAACCGUAUCACUUUUAAAGUAACGGUCCAGUUUCUCUCUGAAGAGGAUCUUAAAAAGAUUUGCCACAAUUAAAUUUGGUGACAGACGGAAAAUCUUCUUCAAACACUCACUCUCUCUGUGUGCUCUCUCUCCCUCUGAAGUGUCGAACAGAGCUUGUUGUUGUUGUGCUGUUGUGUUUGGGUGGGGAAUGUUGAGUGUGGGACUGACUCGCUCCUGAAGUCACAUUUCUGUCUAACUGUCUCUGUGUACAGUAACAAACAGCAGCAUUGUGGACUCGGCGUCUGAUCUCACUUCUCUCUGGCUCUCGCUCAGAUUUCCUCUCUGAGUGUCAGUCAGUCAGUGUGUAGUCGUGUAGCAGGGAUGGGAUGAGGUAGCUCAGGUUGUGUUUGAGUGUGUUGGAUGACGGCUGAAGUUUGACCGAUGCGGACUAAGACUCUGACUCGCUCUGAGGAUCAGCUGGAGGUCAUAAAGAGAGGUAAACUAAAUAAAAAGUACAAUUAUUCUAGACAUUUUAGUGUAAAAUCUAUGUGGGGGUUUGUGUCGUGUCUUCAUUUAAAAAAUGUAGGCCGCGUGGUCCAUGUUUAGGGGUCUUAAAGUCUUCUAGGAAAAUGGUGUGCUUAAAAAUGCGUUAGUCAAAAGUGCUUGUGUUUGACUUUGAAAAAUCUCUAGCAUCUCUUAUUUAAGGUUGUUAAACAAAGAUAUUACUUGAUAUUACUUAUGCUGUGAGAAAAUGUGAUGAGUUUCUGUCUCUUUAAGAUCCAUACUAACAGACUAAACCACGUCACUUUGCCACAGAUAAGAAGUGACAGGGUUGUUGUGUUGCAAAGGCCAGUGUUACUCUUCACACUGACACCCGCUGAUGUCACCCUCUCAGCAGCAGACGAGUGAUGAGAAAGUACUGACACCCAACAGUGAAGUAUUAUUAUCUGUGCUAACACGAACGCUCUGCCUUCGAAUAUGAUGUUCUGAUAUAAGAAUACUAAUACAAGUGUAUGCAGAUGAUGAUGUAAGAUGAAUAACUAGUGUCUCAUUGGUUGACAAACUGGUGAGGGUCUAAUUCAAGGGAGGGUCUCACAUGUUGCUCAGCUAAUAGGGGAAAAAUGACGACACAAGACUGGUCCACUACGCUUUACAUCCAGUUUGCAUCUUGAAAUGGCAUUUACAGUAAAAUGCUGUAACUUAGGACGUAUGACUGUAAACCACAUUGUGAAACAGGACUGCUGGAGUCUAACACUCUGCCUUCGAAUAUGAUGUUCUGAUAUGAGAAUGCUAAUACAAGUAUAUGCAGAUGAUGAUGUUGAAUGAAUAUCUGGUGUCUCAUUGGUUGACAAACUGGUGAGGGUCCAAUUGAGGGGACAGUCUCACAAGUUGCUCAGCUAGUAGUGGAAAAAUGAUGACACAAGACUGGUCCACUACACUUUACAUCCACUUUGCGUCUUGAAAUGGCAUUUACAGUAAAAUACUGUAACUAAGGAUGUUUGUAUGUAUGACUGUAAACCACGUUGUGAAACAGGGCUGCUGGAGUCUUUGUUGUUUAGUUGUCGUGUUGUGCUGAUGUGCUUGAGCUCAGAGUUGACAUACAGACUGGUGGAGACUGAUGACUGUUUAGGGAGCUCAGUAAUAACAUGUAAUGGUGUUGUGUGAAGCGUCUGCAGCUGCUUCAUCACUUGUUUGUUGUUUCGCAGGUGACAUCAUUUUCUAUUUGUGUGUAUCUGUGUGUGUUAUUUUCAUUAUUGUGUCAACAGUGUAUUCACAACUAAUUAAAUAUUCCUCUAUUUAUUAUCAGUUCAUGUUAACGAUGAGCGUGCAGCUGAUAAAUGUCGCAGCUGAACCUAUCGACCUAAUAUUCAUAUUGUUUUUCCUGUUCCUGUGCAGAAAGCAUCUAUUAGAACAAGAGACGCAUAAAAAUAUGUUAGGAGCUGAAACAAGAGACGAGCCCUCGACAUAAAGAACAAAGAGGCUCAUUACAGCAGCCAGAGGAGAGCCGAGGAAACCAGGAAGGCUGUGAUUAUAGUCGUUGUGUUCCUCGCUGUUAGAGCUAGUCUUCAACCGUGAUAAUAAUGAGGAACACACACACACACACAAAUAUACACCAAACAACACUUCCUGUCACAAAGCCUGAAGUGUUGAGGUUGCCAGAGUCAGAGUUUAGUUGCUGCAGCACAACUAAUCCUUUAGAAUUAUUCAGCCUGCAUAAUUAACAUAAUGGGAAAGUCUACACUGCAGUUUGUAGGUUAUUUUCAAGAACAAGACUGUACCUCAAAUAAUCGAAGAUAGAUACCCUCUAAUUCAGUGUUUAAUCGUCAAACUCCCGCUUUGCAGGGGGCCAUGAUGGUGCUUACAAGGAGCCAGCUGAGACUUUACUUUAGGGGGAGGAAGUGGAAGAUGAAAGAAUAGAAGACGAAGGGAAAGAAAGAGGGGUAAAUUUCGUGUAAAUUUUGCAAGGCCUAAGGCAGGAAGAGCAGCAGCGAAGACUCCCAACAGAGACAAGACUUAUCAAAUCACACACAGCAUGAAAAUUGGAUGUGUCAAAGGAAGUUAGCUCAACUGUGCUGGUCUUAGGAUCAGCUGAUGUGCUGUGGGCUGUGUGACUUUGUGGCCUGACUGGACUAGCACUGUGCUCAAUUUGGCGUCAUAGAUAUGUUUACAAAGAGGGUUAUUGUGCAUUUAACCCAAUCGUUGCAGUGGCUUUCUAUCUCGCUGUUAGAAUGCUCUUUCAGAUAGAGGUGUACAAUUUUCUCGCUUCAACCCCAAAAUAUUUGGCGUGGGCCACAGUCAUGAAUCAGAUGAAUUCCUCCUCCUGCAAGUUUUCUUCUGCAGAAAGUCAGAGGCUGAUUCAAACUGAUGUGAGAACGCAGUAGGAAACAUUUCAGAAACUACACCAUGAGCGAGAGGGUGUAACCAGUGCAAACGUGGAAGAGCAACAUGGCACAGGAUGAUUGAAAGCAUCUUAGAUUUGAGGAGAGUCUAACUCCCCCCACCGACCUUCCCUCGUGUCUGACGGGGAAACUGAGGAAGAUGUGGAAAUGAGUAUCUUUGGAAACUUUUAAAAUCUGGGUUGCAGAGCUCAUAGUCUUGGAGAAUUGCAGGAAACAUUUCAAGUAUCUGAGGUUGAACCACACCUGCCUCCUCUUUCUCAUAACUGUUUCAACAUGCAUCAUCCAAUAAAAUCAUAAAUUAAUCAUCAUGACUUGAAGUGGAUUCCACAUCUUGUUGUCAUUUUCUUGACUUAGUCACUUUUAUUUACAAACUUUGAAUGUGCAAUAGCAGGUUUUCACCUAGUUGUGAAAGUCAAACAGAAAUACACCCGGCGUUAGAGCUGUGAAAUGAGUGAAAUAAAGCAUAAAUUGAAAUGUGAACUCAGUACCUGAGAACCUGCAAGAGGAAGUUAACAGACAGCUUCCUGAAUUCUUGCUGCUUCCUGAUGGUCUCAGAUCAGUUCUCACACAUGCCCUCAGUGCUGACAGUAAAAUUCCCACGUGACCUGAAUGCAGCAUGAAAAGCAGGAGUGAAGGGCAUGACGAGGGUGACAGGGAAGCUGGCCGACCGGGUGAUGUUCGGGGACAUUUUCAUCACAGCAGGACGGGGACAGAAAGCUGGAGCGACAUCGGCCUCACCGCUGGGGAGUGGCAGCUCAGAGAGGGGGGUUAAAGGUCAACUCAGAGGGGGAUUUCUAACCUUGUAAUGAUGAUAAGCAGGAUGACAAGGAGAGAAGUGAUAUUUUGAAGGGGUAAUGUAUUCUUCGAUGAACACCAGCUUUCUUUGGGAUCACAGCCUGAUGUUAAACAUCAGUUUGAAGCCCAACAAAAUAAAACACCCCGUAAACUUUACACACAGGGGGUCUGCUGCAGUAAACUCCAAACUCAAUGAACCUACUACAAGUUCAACAAGAGCUCCUUGGUCACAAAUAAAAACAUACACACACUCGCCAUCUCAGUCACGGAUGCCAAUGUGCUCCUCGAAGCAUGAAAAGGGGUCUAAUUGCAUUUAGCUUAAGUCAGGCCACUGUGGAAUACUAAUAUGUCUGUAAGGGGUUCAGAAUUAGGGCUAAGCUUCUGAGCAAAGAAAAGACUGAAUUCCAUUUCCUCCCCAAUUCCUCUCCCGCUCACUAUGGGAACCGCAGGGCCCCCUGGGGUGGAAUUCCCAGCAGAAAGGGGGCUUUACUGUAUUUGUUUGUUUGGCUCAGACAGUUUGCCUUGUUGUGCAGCGUCCUCUCCUGCUGUGUGUGCUCUCAGCAGCCCACAGCGACAUGCCUUUCACUGACACUCACCAUCCUGUCAUAAAAAUGCCAUCCGCCUCAAUAAGGAGUGCGUUUGUUCAGAGCAAUUUGGAAUUCCAGUCAAGCUGUUCCUCCCUUUGAACCCCCCAGAGACUGAGAAAGGAAGUCAGAGAAUGACUGGAGUCAAAUAGUUCCUGAAAGAGCUGAAAAACUGACAAAAUGAAGAGAAUUAUCAGUGUUGCACAGCUGUAGCUGUUUGAAUGAUUUGAGGCUUUUGUAGGCACAAACCACAAGCUUGCCAUUAAGGUGCUUGUAGUAAAGAAUGUCUUUACUGAAGACGCACUAGAUGCAGAUGGUUAGUGUGCUUUCUUUAAGAGCAAACAUCAAGAAAGUGCUUGAUAAAAAACAUGGUAAUUUAUGAGGAAUAGUACCAGACUUUCCAAAUUUGUUCUCAAAAGUCAAUGAAGCCAUAUGGUAGACAUGCUGAAUUAAAUACAGAUACAAAUACAUAAAAAUCUCAUAAAUUCCUCCCAGAGCAACAAAACAUCAUCCAUUCCAGCUAAAUUCUCAUCAGAGUGUCAGAUACCAUCACUUAUGUUUGGUGACAAUAUGUUCUAUGGAUUACAACAAACAGACAAAAAAGAGACAACAUAUUACAGAAGUCAGCAAUGUCAGCAUAAGCUAGGAAUUUUAUACACCCUAAGGCUAGCAAUCUAUCCUCAAUAUAUAUUUAAUAGUAUUUAAUGUAUACUUAAUAGGGUCAGCAAAUUAAGAACUCAAGCCAGCAAUAUUUUUACAGAAAGCAACAAAUUUCCUAUCAUAAGCCAGCAAUGUAUAUAAAAUAGUAAGGCAUGCAGAUAGGCCAGUGUUUUGUUUGCAUGUGCAGAUGUAUUUGCACUUGCAUAUGCUAACAAAAUGUUCAUAGAGGCCCGGCUAGCAAUGUCACAAAUUUAAGCUGUAGAGGCCAGUGGUGUACCCAGAGAGAUCAGCCACGUAUAAACAUAAGCCAUCAAUGUGUUUGUGGAAACUAGAAAUAUAUUUGCAGAUGUUUUGGGAGGCUUGCAACUUGUAUUCAUGAGCUUUCAAUGUAUUCACAGAAGCCAUUAAUGUUUUUACAGAAGCCAGUUAUAUGUCUCCAAAAAGCACAUAUAAAAAUAGCAAUGUAAGAGGUCAGUGCUGUAUUUAUGUAUGACAGCAACACAAAUACAGAAGCCAGCAAUGUGUAGAGGCCAGCAAUAUAGCAGCCAGCAGGUAUUUACAAAAGACAACAAUGAAAAAGCAAGUAUUUUUUUUUUUUUUAUUAUUGAAUCUGGCAAUGUACUCAUAGCCUUUACUCCUUACCAUCUGCAGAAGCCAACAGUUUAUCCACAGGAGACAAUAAUAUAUCAACAAAUUUCAGCAAUGUGUCCACAGAUACAGUCACAGAUUUUACCUGUCCUCAGUGGGCUCAAUGAAACUAAGGUCAAAAAGUCUCAAAAAUGAAAUACAUUACUAAGUUAUUAAAAAUGACGACAGCUGCGUGUUUACACUUCUACAGAACCAUGAAAAUAAUUUGCUGUUAGUAUUCCAUCCCUGCCAGAGUGUUGUGAUUGUGUCAUCCUGCAGUGUUAAGCUGCCUGUGGGCUGCUCCUUCUCUCAGUGCUUGUGGGUAUAAUUCAUUAUCCGCCUCCACUAUUAGGUGUCACACAGUAUAUUAAACAUAAACACAACAUGACCCCUCUGAAUACAUGUACCAGCUUUGUUAGCACACAUCUGAUGUUUGGAGCCUCUCAUGGGUGACUGAAUACAGAAGUGUGAAGUUGUGUGUGCGUGUGUUUUUGUGGCAUUACAGAUCUUGUCUGGUAAUAAACACCUGUAGGGACUGAAUGGAGAAGUAAGAGGUGUGUUAUUUCUGCAACAACAUUGAACAUGGGAUCAUCUAACUAAGAAGCUGUCUAUGGCACAUGACAUUACAGUAGCCUCUCUCAGCCGCUUACUUUACACAGACAAAGACACACACAUACAUUUUCCUCCAGGGCUGAGGUCAGGCUGACAGUCUGGCUUUGAGUGUGUAUUCAGAGCAGUGUGUGUUGUCCACGUCAGCUCUUGGCCUUGGUACACUGUUCGAGUGCUGGAGUUAUACAAAGCAGGUCUGUGAUGACAGUAUAAUCUGAUCUCUGUGCAACAAGAAGCAGAAGUUUGCAGAAAGUUGUUUUAAAUGAAGUUUUCUCUAAGACUGACUCUAUUCAUUCAAGGUUAGAUUCAGAACUCUAUAAAUUAGCAUUUUUAUAUAUUCACACCUAGAAAAGUAGCUGCUGAAGAUGUCAAGGUUUGCUAAAAUCAACUAACUUGUUGACACUCACAAAUCUCUCUCUUUUUUUUUUCCUCUCUCCCAGCGUCUGAUACCGAGCAGGAUGCGGCGGUGAAACUCGACCAGGAGCGAGCUGAGAUAGUCUCCAAAUAUGACAAGGUAACAGCUCCCUCUAUCACAAACUUUACAACAACAGUUUUCUCCUGCGGUCAUCCACAGCCAAAUUCCUCUCACUCACCCGUGCUUCAUAACUUCAUAACACGGCUGUGAAAUCCCUCCAUAAAUCACUGCCUUAUUGCCCAUGAAACAUAAUAAUAAUAACAGUGAGCAGCCUGCAGAAUCUGGCCGCUCUAUAUUUUACACAUUUUCAUGAAAUUAGAGAAGCUGUGAUCACCAAGCAUGAGCCAUAUUUUCCCUGCAGUAUCCUCGGCCAAAUCACAUUUACAGCCGAUAAAAAUUGACAUCCGAAUUAUGCAUUUAAAAGCCAUCUGAUGAUUCUGACUGUGUGCAUGUUUAGUGGACUAACACUAAUUAUGUCAGAGGGGCAGAGGCGGAAUAAAAAUCUCUCCAGCAGAGAAAGUAUUCAUUAAAUUUAUCAGCUGGGGUUAUGUGAUGUUAUUUCAUACUCUGAGCCUCUGAAGUGGCAGUUUAAUAACUGACACUAUCCUGUGUUUUUCCACAAAGAAAAGCCAAUUCAAAUGUAUUCCUAGUUUAUUAAGUCUGCAGAUUUAUUGCAUUUGAGUCAUAGUUUUAUUAAAGGACAAUUCUACCAAUUCUGAUCGGAAAGUUAACUCAUCACUUUGUCUCUAUGCAAGACUUUUGCACCAAAAAGUUUAUGAAAAUAACUCUACAGGGUCUUACUUUUGACAUCUGCGAUAUUCGCCUUAGUUUUCUUUUAAAUCUUUUCUUCCUGAAUCUUUUAAAUUGAUUUGCCGUAAGUAUUUUCUGAGUUAAACCGCUCCCGCAUACGGAAAGUUUCUUCAACCUGCUACUGGAUUAAAACUCAUAAUGAUAAAAGUAAGACCACUGGUGUUAAAGGAGUCAAUAUGGAUACCACUUAUAAACACUGUAUUAUCUGCAAGAUACUUAAUGUAAAACUAUCGCUUAUAAGUUAUCACCUACUUUCAGCAGAUGGCUCUUAAUUUCACUCUGACAGUCUGGCUGUUGGUGCUGAUGGAAGUGAGUUUGAAUAUUUUUGCCAUGAGGUUCAUUUGCAUCAAAAAGAGGGAAAUUUAUUCUAAAUGAUUGCAUAAUGGCUUAUUUAAAUUGGCGUAAACACAACGAGUGCGCAGAGACUCAAUCUGAUCCGCACUGCAGUUUGGGAGUAUUUAACCCUUUGGUUGUUGCAGUGUCUUUUUGUGUUCGGUGGGGGCAAAAGCUGCACAAUUCUAUUUAGACCCAGGCCUGAAUAUUUGAUUUAUAGUAUUUUUAAAGUGUUGUACAAACCUGCUUUAAGUAAAUUGCUCUUAAGUCGCGGUUUUGUCCUUUUCUUGUAUAUGUAAAUAACAUCCAUUGCUGCUAUACUGGACAACAGCUCUUCUUCGUCUCCUAUGUGUGUGUGUGUGUGUGUGUGUGUGUGUGUGUGUGUGUGUGUGUGUGUGUGUGUGUGUGUGUGUGUGUGUGUGUGUGUGUGUUUGCAGUUUGUGGUUGUGGAUGUUUCCUGAGUGACUCGGCCAUUUCACAGCCCAGCGGUAUCAGUCUGACCAGCCCACCACGCUCCGUUUGUAAAUGAGUCUUUUUAAUUUAGUCCGGCAGGCUGCAUAAUCAGGCCGGCUCAUUAAGAGCGAAGAGACCGUGGAGAUGAUGGAGGCGUGUUUGUGUGUGUCUGUGUGUGUUUGAAGAGGCACAAUCACAGCUACAUCAGUGUCAUUGUCACUGCUGGGGGAAAAGGGAGGAGUUUAAUAGAGUCAGUUAUCACGACGACCACACACAGUCCCUGCUCGCCUUUCACAUCUGCCAGCGUUCACUGUCAGAUAUUCAAAAUGAUUUGUUGUCUUUGCAUAUCAUUGAGAAAUGAAGCGUUCUGUCUUCAAGUGGUCUUUUCGCUCAGGUCUGGUUUCUGCUUGGCACCGCUGCUACUGAUCAUUCUGGAUGGAAGCCUGUGUUAAAGAUAUUUCUGAAGCCAAUAAUUGAAUUUUGGUUGGAAUUAAUUUUAAAAAGUCAUGUUUUAUUCCAGUGCAAUGGCUUUUCUGUGAUGCCCGUUCAAAAAACUUGGCAAAAUUUUGUAAUUUUUCCGUCAUAUUUUUAGCAUGUUUGCAGAAAGCUACACCAGGACACUUUGGUUGAAUAUCAAUGAUGCCCAUUCUGUUCUGUAGGGUCUUUGCUGCUGCUCUGCCUGCCUUGGCUUUUUGUGUAUACAUGUUAAACAGAGGGAGGGUAGCACUCCUUAGAGCAAAAUCUUACCUCCAAGUAGGGCUGGGCGAUAUGGCCUCAAAUCAAUAUCAUGAUAUAUUGAGCAGUUCACCUCGAUAACGAUAAAUGGACAAUAACUACUCCACAAGUUGCUCACCCCCUCUCACAUGAACUUAAUCUACUUCAGCUGCUGCUCCAGCCGCUACAACUUUUGAACCAUCCUCCAUCUCCUCACCUGUUUUUACCUCUUCAUUAUGGACUGGAUGGGGUGGAGUUACGUCUCUGACACAGGACAGCGUCUUAAAGGGACAUGAAACCAUAACCUACCUACACACAUCCAAAACCAUUUUUAUUUAUUGAUUUUUUGACCCCAAAUAUAUUGACAUGGGCAAAAUGACAGCAGUUACUGUCGUAAAUUUCGGUAUCAGUAAAUUUUCAGUUUAUCGCCCAGCCAUACCUCCAAGUAUAACUUAUUGCAGGAAAUGACUAUUCUCUUUGGUGGAAGUGGUCCCGACCAAAGUGCGAUUCUGGCUUUAGUUCUUGUAAAUCAAGUUACAAAUAUAAUUUUUCCAUAUUAAAGACAUCCUGAGAGUAGUUUUGAAGACAAGUGAGUCGAAUGAUAUGUUCAAAUGUAUAUAAAGAGUCCAAGGUAUGAAGAACUAUGAGGAUAAGAUACUCUUAGUUAACUGGUUUCAGGGAUCUUUUUAAAAAAAAAAGGUACUCCCAACCACUAAAAAUAGCCCCUUCACUGAGUUAUUUAACUGGAUUCCAUCUCAUUUGUUUCAGCUCAGCUGGCACUUAAGCUGAUGUAAAAAAAUUCACAAAACCUCACUGUGGAUGUCGAGGAGUUCUGUCUCUUCAACUUCUCUCUAUCCAGAAAAUGAUGUUUGUGGUGAAAAGCACUUAAUCUUUGAGAAAGCUGCAAUAUAAACCGACUUGAGAAUGAAAAAUAAAUCCGGUUUGCCCCCAUCUGUGGGGUUCACCUAAAAUCUUAAAAUAUACUCUUGCAAAGUAACUCAAAUCAUACAUUUUUAAAUGGGAUAAAUCAUUCAUGACUUGUAAAAGUAUUUGGAAUUAUUAAUAUUAAAUGCCUUAAAUGCAUGCAAAUGAAAAUGUUUCGUUCUUUACCUAAUGAGUUUGAGAUUUAUAAUCCUCGAUAAAAACAGACAGCUUUUAAUGAAAUAUUUGCAGACUUUGUGCUUAUUUCUAGUCAAAUAUUGUACAGUUUUACUCAAAUGUACCCUCAUUCACUUAAUUCAUGAAUCCAAAUCCCUCUCUGCCAAUAUUUCUGGAGUUGUAACCAGGUGAUACUGCUCUGUGUGAGAGAGGAGCCUCUGAUUUAUGAUUAUGAAUCAGUUAAUAAAGUGUAGGAAUGCUGCAGAGUGGCUCUGACAGAGAGAACAGAGCGAACGUGCAGUCCAUCAGAGUCGUGGUGACACACAAUCAUAGAAGCGCUGAGCAGCCAGAGUCCAGCUUUAAUUUCACUCUGAAAUUGAUUUUAAGCACAGAGAGAUGUGAUGAAUUUGCAGCCCGUGAUGAUGCCUCUUGUUUUAGAGUGGGAACACUCGCACAGACACACACACACACACUCACUCAGCGUGUGAGGUCUUUUGAGUCCUCUGAGCUCAGGGUUGUGUGUUUUAUUUAGCUGGUGUGUUUCUGCUGAUGCUAGGCAAGGACAUGAGGGGAAUUUAGAAACAUUUCACCUCAACAUCUGGUCAUCGUGCUGCUCUGAGAGACCACAGACAGCCCCAUGUGUGUGUUACUGUAUGAAGACUAUUUUAGGUAUAUUAUGGUCAGGUAGCAGGUCGAGCUUGGUGGUCCUUUCAUUGGUAUUUCAGCUGCUAGUUGGAAAUGUGCAGUAACCAAAUUAAACAUGUCUCUAAUAAUGCAAUUUUCCAUGGAAAAAAAAGCUCUCUACACUGUCCUUAUAUAUAAAGGAUGGAAGUUCGGUGAAAUAUUGGAGCUUACAAUGAUUAAAAAGCUCUCAUCUCUUAUGCAAAUGUUAAACAUUGUCUGUUCGUUUACGAAUGCAAAAAAAAGGGACCCUGAAUCACAAAACCUCUUUCCACCAAAACAACUCUCUCCAAGGAUUAUUAUUCCGUGAUUAGCACACAACUCAAUAAAGGAAUAAAUCAGUGCUGCUAAUUCACUCUGUAAUAGCCAAUUGUUUAGCACAAUGAGGCAUAAAUUACUGCCUUAUUAAAGAGUACUUGAAUGGGAAGAAAAACAACAAGACCUAGGUGGAGAGGGAGAGGUGUGGUGGAGACACUCUGGCAAGUGAGAAAUGACAAAGAAGACCAAAAAAGACCUUUGACACGGUGGCGGAAAUCCGGUUCGGGAAUUUUUUUAAGUCAAAUUUUAAAAAAUAAGUAAAAAAUAAAUAAAUAAAUAAUAAUAAAAACCCUAGUUAGUCAGAUCUGGAUAUGACCGGUGGAGGGCAGCAUUACGCUGGAUAGAGUACAACCUGUCGGAGAAGAAGAUGAAGAAGAAGUCUCAGCGAGCGGCAAACUGUAAAUUUGAAACGAUGGAUACCAGGUACAUGAAACCAGGAGAAGAAACUGCGAUAUUGGAAGCUGGGCUGAAAAACAAGUGGCGAUAGGCUCGGGCGGAGGAGGCUGGAAAAGACGGAAAGCCUCACGGUAGCUGGUGCCGAAAACUGAAAGAGCGAGGUGCUUGUUUCUGUAUGCCGUGCGCCAGAAAGUUUAAAUAUGGCAGCCGCAGUGGGAAAAAGUUCGGUAAAGUUGGAAAGACAUUCACAGAUUCGGACUUCCGGGAUCAAUAACUCUGAGACGAAACGUUGUCCAAACACAAAUGAUGCCUCCUUCACUUCGUAUUAGCACAGACUACCAGCUACAAACAUCAAAACCGAUUUUUUUCUCACAAAAACAAGCCGUUAUUCGAACAGGAUGAAUAAGAUUGAUCUCUAUGCACAGCCGGUGUUGUGCCGUAGAAUGCACCCCUUGCAUCCCCUCCACUCGUUAGCUUCUGAAAGUGGAAGAAAAUGAUGAGUUUUGGAUCAUGACAACAUUCUGUUGUUCUGUUUUUAUGUGUCUCAAAAAUGCCCAUAUAGGGGUGUACUUGGGUGUACAAACUGUGCAGUAAGCUGUUAAGGUAGAGAACAUUAUAUUUUCAGGACAGCAAAUAUUUCGAAUCAGAGGGCGAUUGUUUUCGGCUUUUCCGAGUAGACUCAAUGAAAUCACUAAAGGCACACGCUUUUAAAUCCAUCCAAUGGUAAGGAAAACUAGGAUUAUUUCGCCUUGUUAUGUACUUUUAACCGCGCUCCCGUCGGUGGGCAUUCUACGACAGGGAUGCAUUCUACGGCACAACACCUGUAGCCGGGCAAGUGUGCAGGGACCGACUGCAAAUUGCAAUAAAAGAACAAGAUGCUGCAAACAAAAGUCAAUAGCUCCACUGUUAUACAGUACAGAGACCCCAAAAUCACCACACACACCAAGGGACUCUUCGUAGUAAUACUACAACAGCUGUUCUUGGAAAAUGUGCUUUUUGAUAAUUUUGGUGAUUUUUUAGAUAUAGAUGUGGCAACAGUGUUUUAGCUUACUAUGCCUGGCACUCAUUCUGUGGGUGUAAUCUGAGCAGAAGUGUUGAAGAAAAUCCAAAACAGGGAAGAUUGAGUGAGGCCAAUUAGUGCGGGAACAAAUGUAUCAGUACAAACAUGCAGUUUGAGCGCAAGUAGGGACUGUUGUGAGAGAGGACGGGGGGUUGAGAGAAAAUAGAGGACAAAUUCAGGACAUUUAUUUCACACGUCAAGCUCUCAAAAUGAAAAAUUAAGCAAAGUGUUAAAUCAGGUGGGCCACGAAAUCAAGCUCAGCUGAUAGUACAUCUGUCUCCCUGCUCUGGUCUUCAUGUAUUCAUGGAAUACAUGAGAGGAGGUCCUCUCUCUCCGCCUUCCCCUAAAGCUUUGGUGUUCACAGGCAGUGUUUCCACUCUUCCUUUAGGUGGUCCCAGAAUACAAGAGUUACAAGGACCACAGGUGUCCUUGUAGUGGGUUUUCUAUCCCAUGCACCAUUCCAUGAUGGUGAAUUAACUGUAGAGGUUUUUCGGAGUCAGACGGUGACGCAGGUGGGCGUCUGGCUGUUCAUUUCACACCUGUUAAUCGCACAAACACACACACACAGAGUUUCAGGGUGUCUCAUAAACACACACUCCCUCUCCCAAGGGCGGCAGAGUCGUGGCUCUGCUCGUAAUCUAGCAGCCAAUCAAAACAUGAUUCUCUGCCCCCAAAGAGCGUGGGCCGCAUAGAUAGAGAGCUCAAUCAGGAGUCCUUGUUUGGUUGUUACUCAGCACAAAAAUAGUACCAGACAUGCAGUUCAAAUUAUUCAGAUUUCUGCUCAUUUUGGAUCAUUUAGUGAUAAUUUCCUUAAGUGCACAUUAGUUUAAGAUCUUGACUAAUUUCAUUCUUUGUAUUUCCUUGUCUUCAGGGAAAAGAGGCCACCGUGGAGCCCUGGGAGGACACCAACUUCCGCCUGUACAAAGUCAUCGACCGCUUCGGCUUCCUCCAGUAAGAGCACCCGCUUCAGGGCCUGUGAUUAUUCCUAAUACUAAAAUGAAAAACCUGCAGAGUCCAGCUUGAGCCACAUCACCACAGUGAAGGGAAAAAAGCAGAAAAUGAGAGGCUGUAUCAGCGAGCGUGUCUGUGGCUGUGAGCCUCUUAAACAGCGCUGUGUGAGGGUUAUAUAUAGGCUGGAGCACGCAGCAGGAAACAGGGCGGUUAGCCACAAUCACAGGGCAGUAGGGACGUGAUGGAGAGCUGAGAUCCACAGACUGAAACCUCCGGGUAACUUGAUGGUUUGAGACAGACGAGGACAGAAGCAGCCUGAGGUGAAGGUCGCUGACGGGGAAUAAAAAGAAGGAGAGGAAGCCUGAUAUGACGCUGCAGACUCGGCCUGUGGCUGCUGGAAGAGUCUGAUCUCUUUGUAGUCUCAAGGCCAAAGACACCGAGUCCGGGAAGAGAAACGCAUGAGUAAACGCCAACAAAAAAAUACACUCAAAUACAGCUUUUCUGAGAAGUUGGGUUUAAUUCAGCGGAGGAUAAAAACUGACACCAAGAAAAAUGAGUACUAAGUGAACCACAGGACAGUGAAAGUCCAUCUUUACUCUUUGUGAGGGAGUUAAGAAGGGAUAAAAAUGAGGGACGUCUAAUGUGUUAUUUCCUGUUUGUGUGACGCUGACAUGUUUGUUUCUCUUGGAGAGAUUAAAACUGGCCAUCUGCAGGAAAAGAAACAAGUCUAUCUCUCUCUUUCUCUUUCCUCAGUGAGAAUGAACUUCCAUCCUACGACUCGGUGGAGGAAAAAGUGAGUUACUUUACUUCUCUUUUAUCCAAGCAUCCCGUGUGACUCAUGUCAAGAAAACAGAAAUCUACUCACUCCUACUCCUGCUCUGCUGUAAGAAUAUGUACAAGGUGACAAGCAAUCACAAGCGAGCUUUUUCUGACAGGUAGAAAGGGACUGAUAGAGUUGGUAAUUCAUUAACAGAAUCCAGUGAGGAAAGAUAGACAGCAGAGCGAUGUGCUUCUUUGGAUUAGUUGAAAACUGGACGGCCUGCUGCAUUUUAGACCAUCUGUAGAGGUUUGACUGUGCACGCAGGGAGCUCCGCCAGUAAGGAGUUGCAGUAGUCAGUGCAUGAUAAUACAAGAGGUAGGGUAGUGUCUGAUAAAUAUAGCAGAGAUGAACAGUUACACAAAAUAAAACUUGUGAUGACUGUGUUUUUUGAGUUUGGUUCAUUAAUUCGUUAAAUUUGUGUGAUAGACCUCAAUUUUACAGGAAAUCCAUGUCUUCAUUUUUUUACUCACUCAUUAAAAUACAUCGUCCAUAAUGAGAAAAGCCGUCUGUUUAAAGUGUCAUGAAUGAAAACAUCAAAACAGAACAAGAAGCGGUUUUAAAAUCCAUUUCCCAAAUCAACAACAAUCUUGUUACAGAAACUGUGUAAAAAGCAGAAACACGCUCUGUUUAGCUGUUAAAAUGAGCUCAUUCAAGUGUUCCUAAAAUGUGUAAAAGUCUGUAACUGGAGCGUCUCCACGGCGUCAAACAGCUGUGAGCAGACAGGACAGGCAUUUUUAAGUCCCUCUCUCUUUUCGCCGUCAGGCUGCUGUGACAGAAAACUCCCACAGGGAGACUUAAAAGCAGCUGCAGAAAAAAGUGGCGAGACAAAAGUUAUUAACGUGUCACUUCCUGUGUCCUCUCAGCAAAAGCACGUGGAGGUGGAGAGGACGACCAAGUGGCUGAAGAUGCUGAAGAGCUGGGACAAAUACAAGAACAGUGAGAAGGUGAGCUGCAGAUCUCAGUCGCAAAAACUCUCGGACACACGCUGUAAAAGGUUUUAAAGUGAAGUCAUAUGAAGUUUAUGAGCUACCGCACAAUAAAGCUGUUUAUAGUGAGCCCACCCCUGGCUUUUCUUCUCUCUGCUGCACUUGUUCUGGCAGAAGCACAUGUAGAGAUCCCUCGUUCAUGAUCUGGGGGUUGUUGGGGACAAGUAUCAGUCAUGGCUGCCUUCAUCAGAUCCUGUCAGGUCUAGGUGGUGUUGUGGUGCUGCCUAGAGCUCUGGAGCUUGUCCUUCAUUUGUAAGUUUGGAUCAAGCCGGGAAUCGGUUUGUGUUCAGAGUCUGUCAGGUCUUUGAAAAUGUGAAACACUCUGCUGUCCGACCUUCAGAGCUCAGUCAGUCUCAUUUUUGGCUCUGCGUCCUCUUUGUUUGACAGAAAUGUUCACAGUGAGGAAGAGUGAAGGACACAGAGGAGAGUAAAGUCCAUCACCGCUCUCUCUGCUUCUCGUCUCUUCUUUAAAGCUGCAGGGUUUCUUUUUCCUCCUUCUCUGUCAGUCAGCCGAGCGCCGUCAGCUCUGAGGAAACAGGUCACGCUUGAUACGUCUCCUGUUUUUGUUUCUUCACAUCCAGCUGCCGAGAACAUUUAGCCCGAAGGAGGAGAGGAAAGACAGCCGUGCAGAUGUGAGGCAGCCAAAAAGAUGAUAUUUUCUUUCUGUCUCCGCCUGCCACAUGAGGUGAAUUUGGCUCAAGGUUUGAUAUUUAUUACAGCAGAAAUAAUAUCCAUCUAUCUGAGACCUGAGAGCUGUGAAGGAGGCAUCAAUGCAGCUAUGUCCCUGUGCUAUUUAUACCAAUAAUGGCUGCCAGGUCAAAAUAAAAUCUGUCCUGGUUGGGGGUAAAGUAAUGACAAAAAUACAUUCAAAUUAAUGUUUUAUGAAGAAAUGUCUCCUUUUUGAGUCAAAUCUGUUUUCAAUGGUGGUUUGGACCAAAGUGGAUUGAGUGUGACCCAGUCUAGGUGAGGCAGCGCUGGUGGAGAUAAGACAAAAAAGCAAUCAACAAGUGAAAACUUCAUUCCCACCAUCGCUCCAGAGUCUGAAGCUGCUUGAUAUACAGACUUUAAACAAAAAUGGGAUUCUUAUCCUCCACAAAUGCAGAUAAUUAGUUUUAAUAGUUUAGUUUUUUCAAUACAAUACAAGAAAGUUAUGAGCUCCAAAGGGGAAAUUAAUUUGUCUGGAAUCCCAGAUAACCUGUAGAUAAACCAGGUCAUGAUCUGACCUGCCCAGUGGUGGUAAGGCAGUACCUCUGUAAGCUUGUUUGCUGUUGGCGUACAUCAGAUCCAGGGUUUUCUUUGUAAAUCCAGUCAGGUGAGAGGAGAGGGUGACGUGAUUUAAGUCUCCUGAUAUUAUUACGAGUGCCUCAGGAUGUUGAGUUGUAUCCUAGCAACAGUAUCAUUGAAAACAUCACACGGAACUUCAGCUGUUGCCUUAGUUGGGAUGUAUACAAGUAUUGUUAUGAUAGCAGUGUCAUAUGUAUUGUGCAGCUUUCCUCACCUUAACUUUUCAUGUAUGCCAAUGUAAUAGAAGCUGUUCUUUGACUUAAAGUGUGUUAAACUAAAGAAGUCCUUCAUUUAAUCUGUUUGUUUUCUCUGGAUUCAAAGAGAGUCGAGAUCUGCGCAGAUUCCCUGAAAUAUAAAUGUUGACACACAUGUUUGUGCACACACACACACACACAUACACGCACUUAGAGGAUGAUUAGUCCAACAGAUGCUCUCAUUGAGUCGCUCAUCAGAGUCUAAUUACAAAGGCUGUUGCACAAAAACCAGAGAGUCCACAGUGUGCUGAUAGGAGGCGGAUGGAGUGUGAGCUCUGGAUGCCCCACACACACACUCACACACACACACACACACACACACACACACACACACACACACACACACACACACACACACACACACACACACAUUAAACAUCAUCAAUUUUAAGAUGAAACACACACAACAGUCUGCCUUUAAUGGAGGGAAACACAAAUCACACACACAUAAAUUAUGUUGAUCACACACUCUGACACACAGACGAUCCAAUCAGCUCUCUGAAUCAACUUUCUGAUUCUCCCGACUUAAUUUCAAGGUCAUGGUCCCGAGAGGAAAGAACAGAUAUGAUCGAGUGUACUUGAGUAAAUGUUACACUCCUACAGGAUGCCUCCUCAGGGCUCUUCAUUGUGGAUUUGGUCUUGUAAUUGCAGCACUGUCCUCUGCUUUUUCUGCACACACACUCAGACUCGCACACGUUUACAGUCCCCACACCUCCCAUAUCAGCUGUAAAACUGUUCAGGCUGGUUGGUUUUAAUGCCUAUGAUCAGAGGAUUCAGUGCAGCGAUUAGCUCUGCUGUUUCAGCACUCUGACUUUAAGACCUGAUCCUCCUCACAGGACUCUCACUGACUCUCAAAGACUUCACAUGCUCUACAGGUGACUCCCCUCUCUUUUCAUUCUUUCUCUCUUUUUUUCUACUGCAAUCCUGUCCCUCGUUUCCCCUUCUUCUUUCCCUCCAUCUCUCUUCUAAAGCUUUCACUGCUGUGCAUCCAUCUUUUUCACCUUCUCUUCCUCCCUUUCUCUCCCUCCCCGCCUCUUUCCUCUCCCCUUUUCGUUAUUGUCCUCUCUCCUCUAUUUAUCGCUCUCCUACUUUCUCCCUUUCCCCUCUCAACUCUCUUUCUAUUGUUGUUCCCUCUCUCCUGUUUUCUCUUUAUCUUUCUUUUAUUCAUCGUUUUAUCUCUUUCCCCAUUUCUUUUCCCUUUUUUUAUUGUUCUCUCAUACUUCUCCUUUCUUCUUCUCUUUCUUUUUAACUUUAUUUUUCUCACAAUUACUACUCUUUUUCAUCCUUUACUCUUUCUCUCCCCCUCACCCCAUCUCUUGUUCUUACCCUUUCUUUUUAGUCUUUCCACCCCCUUUGUCUUUCUUUUUCUCAUCUUUUUUACACUCUUCUCUUCUUCUCUUCAUUUGCAUUCCUUCUCUACCUUAUCUUUCUUCUUUUUUUGACUGUUUAUUUCCCCCUUCUUUUCUUUUUCUUUAUACUUUUUUCUCUUCUACUUUCUUCUUGCCUUUUCUUUUCCUUCCUCUUUUCCUCUUUUCUCUCCCCUCUUUCCUUUCUUUUCUCUCCUCAUAUCUUUUUCUCUUUUAUCCUUAUGAACCUCUUUUUCCAUUGUUUUUUACUCUGGUUUCUCUCCAACUUUUUUCUUUACUAUUUCUUUUUAUCCUUUUCUCUUCCUUUUUAAUUUACCUCCUCCUCUCUCAUUUCUCAUACUUGACUUUUCAUCUCAUUUUUUUUAACUUGUUUCACACUUUUAUUUUCCCCAUUUCUCCUUUCUUUUCACCUUUUUUCUUUCUUUUACUCUUUACCCCUUUCCCCUCCCUCAUUCUCCUUUUCCUUCUUCUUUGCUGUCUUCCUUUUCCACUAUUUUUAUCCCUCUCUGUGGUCUCCCAUCUCCCUCUUUCUUUUCCACCUGCCCCCCUCCCUCGCCUCGCUCAGCCUCUUUCUUCUCCUCUUCCUGUUUUCCUGCGAUCACUGUUUGACUCUUUGACUCGCUCUGAGCAGCUGAAGUCGACGUUUUUGUGUUUUGAAUCAUUUUGGCAGCACGUCCAAGCUCUGAUUACAUCUUUAUGACCCGCAGCAACAACCUCUGAAGACGUAUUAGCCUGUUUAUUUGCUUUGUUAGUUUCACCUCCUGACAUGAAGUUGUCGUGUUUAUGUAAUUGUCUUUUUGUACGCUGUUACAAGGGAGUUUGUGUUUUCUUAAGAGGUUUAACACAGGAUCACUAUUGUUCAAGAAAAUGCAUACUAGAAGUUAUAUUUAACAGUUCUGACAGCAUACAUGAAAUGCCGAGGCCUGAGGCGGGCAGAGCAGCAGCAAAGGGUACAAGAAAGAGCGGGCAUUAGUAUUAGCAGUAUGUAAGACGCUGGUGAAAACAGCUUUAAAAAGAAAGAGUCUAUUUUUAGAUGUGAUUUCAGUGUCUGGUUUGAAGUGGACUCUGCCCUCCUGAAAUAAUCAAGAACUUCUGCACAGCUGGUGCAACAGGCUGCUGAUGUUUGCCAGACUGUGUAACCUGUAUAAAAACGUCUCCACAGGUGUAUCUGAGGCGAGCCAAGCUGCUCAUCUUUGAAGACUCCUCUAAUAAAACCUCCCGCUGUGUGUUUUUCUUGCAGCUGUUCAGGAGGAUCUAUAAGGGAAUCCCUCUGCAGCUCCGAGGAGAGGUGUGGUGUCUGCUGCUCGACAUUCCCAAAAUCAAAGAGGAGAAGAAAGACUUCUACGAGGUGGGGAUCGAAAAGCCGCUACACUCCUCCUCUCCCGCACUGUCUCUGUGAAAUCAGCGCUGCCUUCAGUGCUGCAGCGGCCUCAUAAAGAUUCAUAAGCGAGGCCAGCAGCACCUCUGCUUCAUUUCAUUUCUCAGACGUGGGUUCGGAGGCUUAAUUGUGUUUAUUGUGAGUUUGCACGGCUCGCUUCAGCUCUCUACGAGGAACCUUUUCGUUUUUUUUUUUGUUCUGCAAACUUUGGACCUCAUUAGAAAGUUAAGCUGCCAGGAUCAAUAAUAUCGCUGCCUCCUGAAGUUUUCUAAUAAUGAACAGAGGGCACGGAGACUAAACAAGUAAACAGAGCGGCAAAUAGGAAGAGGAAGCUGUGUCGAUUACAAUACAUUUGGUUCUGUGAGGGUUUUUAGAGAGAGCUGCUCAUAUUUAACUUUGAUCUGCGAAUCAACAUCUGAAAGUGAAGAAGAUGUGAAGUUUGGGAAAAUCUGGUUGAUAAAUCUUCAUUAACGAACUAGAAAAGCAGCUGAAGACUGUAGACCACUGCAAAGACCAGUCAUCAGCUGUUUUAUCUUGUUUGUAAGUUAAAUAUGAUCCAAAAAAUGAGGUAUUAUCAGUUUAAUUUGUCUGUAGCUCUUCUGAUAAACAGAUGAAAAAAAAGCACCACAAACAUGACCUUCUUGUUGCAGGUAAAAAACGCAAUACAAAUGAUCUAACUACUAAAAAAUAAAGUUCAGGGUUAAACCGUCACAGUUUUUUAAACCACACAUUUUAUUUUGAAAGGAACAAUUUUCUCUAAAAUCUUCACUGAAAUACUUCCAGCAUAACUCCAAACUAGAAAAUGUUCUGAAUGUUUUGUUUCCACUUUUUUUUCCCCACUCUAUUUGUCUGACAAUCAGUCCACCGUGAUUGGAUAUAACUGAGUCAUAUUUGUUGGAAAAAUCUUCCUGCAGCUCUGUGAAUAUUUCAGUGUGUUUACUUUCAUCUCUCAUUUAUACUUUCUUACCUUCCUUCUUGCUUUUAGAUUAGACUAUAUCAGAGAUCCUUGACAGGAUGUUUGCCUCGGGCAGUGGUGCAAAACUAACCCACAGCUCAACCUGAUGCAAUAUCAAAACAAACAUUAACUUUUGAGGAAAAGGUGUCUCUAAGGUUGAAAAGUAAUGACUCAACUCACAGUUAAGAGCAGGACUUUACAUUUUUGUGUACAUUUUUUUUUUGCAGAAACUAAAAGCUCGAGCCAGAGGACUCUCCCCCGACAUCCGACAGAUUGAUCUGGACGUGAACCGAACCUACAGGGACCACAUCAUGUUCAGGCAUCGCUACGAUGUCAAGUGAGUUUUCCCCUUUGACCCACAGAAGCAGCAACAACCUUCAGUUACUUUCAAGACUCAUGAGAGUCUAAUCAGAGCUUCAUUAAACGGGUUUUCUAAGAGCAGGAGUAACAUUUGAAAAUAAAGACUUCCACCAAUCCAUCAUGUUUGUUUCCUUCAUGAAACAAAAGAAUUUGUUCAACACAUUUUCCUAAUUUGAUAGGCUUAAAAUGAGAAUAAAAAACGUAUUUAUUCUAAUGACGCCAUAAUUACUAUGUAUCACAAAACAUCCUGAUACUUUCAGAUGAAGCCGUCUCAAUGUACUCAACUCAACUCAACUCAACUUUACUUAUAGAGCACUUUAAAAACAACCAAAGCUGACUCAAAGUGCUGUACAUAAUAACAUAAAAACAUAAAAAAAACAAUAAAUGUUUGUUUUAAAAUAUAAUAAAAAGCAAUAAAACAAACACUGUCUCAUGCUGGGUCAAAAGCCAAGGAGUAAAAGUGGGUUUUUGGACGGGUUUUAAAAAAUGGACAGUGAGGGAGGUUGUCCAAUGUGGAGAGGUAAAUCAUUCCAUAAUGUAGGAGCAGCAACAGAAAAAGCUCUGUCUCCUCUGAGCCUCCGCUUGGACCUUGGUACCUGCAGGAGCAGCUGGUCAGCUGACCUGAGGCAGGAGUGUAGGGGUGAAGCAGCUCAGAGAGGUAUGAUGGGGACAGAGCAUUUAAAGCUUUAAAAACAAAUAAAAGAAUCUUAAAAUGAACUCUAAAAUGCACGAGCAGCCAGUGGAGGCAGGCCAGGAUGGGAGCAUUCCGGUUAAAAGACGAGCUAAAACUGACGUGAUGAAGGCAUGGAUUACUGUCUCAAAGUGCUCUCGUGCAAGACUGAUGAUAACUGUAUUUUUGAGAUAAUAAAAUAUUGAUUCUGUGCUAAACUGAGCAUAAAUUAAUACACAAGUUAAUAACUUCAAAAUAAAAGCCGACAGACAGAGUAAAUGUCAAAAUAAAAGUAUGACAAACAAUCUUUUUAUGAGGCGAUGUGUUCUCUUCAGAAGUUUCACUCACUUUCAAGCCAAAGCAGAGAAAACUUUGACAGCGUCUUUCACUCCCGGUAAACUCUUCUUUAUGCAAAUUCUCAAACAGGAAAACACUUUAGUUCACGCUCAUUAAGUUCAAUCUUAAUGUGCAAAGGGAAUGUUCAGUUCAUGAUAAAAUGCAGUUCUGUCUUUGAGUCUUCUUCAUAAAUGCAUCACAAAAGCCUCAUUUUAUCUUUGUGAGUGACAAAGUUUUUGCAGGUUAUCGUGUUGCUUUCUCACUCAGUUUACUUCUUACAUAGAGGUCUGUGUUUGACAUUAAUUCUCUUGCACACUUUUGGUGCACUGAGAUGAAAUUCAGCUGCCAUCUUUAAAUGAACUGGUGCCGAGUUAGUGGUAAGAAAUGCUCCUUGGAUUAAUUUUGCAUUCAGGAGGGACAUGCUGCAAACACAGAUACUGAGGAAAACAUGCCGAAGAGCAGAAAAUAUGAGUUCUAGCUAAAAGGCUCUCCUCCAGGAGCUCAAUUAGAUGGUUUACGAAAGAAAUAAUCACACAAGUUGAUUCAGUUCUUGUUCCAUUCGUACCAGCAAACACUUCCCUCGCUUACUGCACACCAGAGGCAAAGAGAAGUUCUCUGCCUCCCUGACAUAAAAAUAAAAACGAGAUUGCAGAGCAGAAACACCACGGGUCUGCACUUAGCAGCAAAAAUAGAUCUGCAGAACAAAAGCUAAUGUAGGUAAUUACUAUAUGAACAUGUUCACGCUCAACAGGGACACUGCAAGAUGAGAACAGGAUGUUUUCUUUCUCUAACAACUUCUCAAAGAUAGAAAUAACAAAAAAAAAAAGGUCAGCCGUCGUGUCAGGUAACUCUGCCGUUUGAUACUCUUGAAAUCUGAAGCUGAAAUUACUCAGAAACAGAAGUGAAAGCGCUCACGUCCUCUUUUCCAGAGUUUAGACUUCUGCUUUUUAUUUUUUACAGAUCUGAACCUCCUCUGAUUAACACCCAGUAAAAUACUAGUACACCUGUUCGAACACUGCUGUACUCUUAUUAUUCAAGAUCAUAAAAGGUGUUCAGACUUUCAUACGAACUUUCCAUAUCACGUUAAAGGUCAAACACUUAUUGUGCCUUACAUAAAGGAUCAAAAAUUAUGAAUGACUGAUGAUCCUGCCUGUAAUUUCUCGAUUAUUUGCAGGUUUUCCUCUUAACCCUUGUCUCUGUUUGUGUUUUCAGGCAGCAGGCUCUGUUCCACGUCCUCGCGGCGUACUCUAUGUACAACACGGUGAGUCAUUCUGUGUGCGCAGGAAGCUGCCAAGGAUACUCUGCCUUUACUGUCUGUGUGAGGAGGAGGAGUAUGUGUCCGUCUGUCUUUUCUUUGCACGUAUUUCCAUGCUUUUACUUCAGGUGUUCGAUGCACUUUAAAAGCAACAAAACAAAGACUCCUCGACUGUCAACAGAUCGCUGGAUUGUUUUCUCUACUUUGUACAAAUUGUUGCCUUAGAUGUAAUCACACAAGGUCCCUGCAGAGUGGUGUAGGUCAAGCACUUUUAGGCAGAAUGUGUAAAAAGUAAAAAGUUCAUUGAUUAGUUUAAUGUUACAAGCUUCGGUAGAUUGAUCCAAAAUCUACAAACCCAAAGAAAACUCCUCAGCUCUUAGAGGAGACUGUUAUUGAUCUGUAAUUAAGAAGACAUGUCUGAUACUGGAGAAGUUUAACAAGAAAGAUCAAUACAGUGAAAUGUUCUUAUUUCACUCUCCGAGACGGCAAACCAACUUUCUUUUCAAGUUAGUAAUGAUUCCCCACAAAAGGAAUAGAUCUAAUUGCAGAGUAAAAUGUGUGAUUGAAGGCUUUGGUUAUUAAAAAAGGUGAUUUUUAGGCUUAUAGAUAUAUGUGUGUGUUUGUGUUUGCAGGAGGUGGGAUACUGUCAGGGCAUGAGUCAGAUCACGGCUCUGCUGCUCAUCUACAUGAACGAAGAGGACGCCUUCUGGGCUCUGGUCAAACUGCUGUCUGGACAGAAGCACGCCAUGCACGGUAACACGCUCACAAACUCACUUUUCAUGGAGAGGAAAAGUUUUAUUUUACUCUUACUAAAAAGGCCCCAACAUGCAGCUGUGUUGUGUUUAGGGUCCGUCCGUCCACUCCCACUCCAGGGACCCCGUGCAAAGAAACCAUCUGUUGCUUUUGCUGGAGCAGCUUGAGUCCCUAACCACUGAAAUGUAUUAGUAACUUUUCAUGACCACCUGUAACGUCUGACGGCUUAUUUGAAAUGAGUGUAGAUGAUUUAUUACAGACUUUAUUUCUCCAAUGGACACAAAAAUUUCCGGGUUAAAAGUGUCAAGAUCUCACAGCGGGGUAUGGUAGCAUCUGUUCCAGCACGAUAUCAGCAGAUGGUGUUUGUUUGGUACAAAAUGCAUUUUAGAAUUUCACAGAGAGAAUAAUCUGAACACCUGUGACUCUGAGAGUUUAUCAAACGUGGCGUUUUACAACUUGGUUGUUCUAGUAUUAAGAGGAGAAAGAAGAGUAGAGAGAGAAGAAGUUUACCCACCGGUGAGAAUAACCGCCAGCAAAGAAAACCGAUUAUUUUCAGGCUAUACGUUUUAAGGUCCUUACACACCGGGAACGACGGAAAUAUACGACGCAAAAUUACAAAAUACUUGGAGGCGAAUUUUGACGCCCCUGACUAUACACCGCAAGCCCGAUGCGAUUUUGCGACUUUCUGGAGGGGAAAAAAGACGCGUCCCGGGUGGAAGUGAGAAGACUGACACAACACCAGACUGAGUGUUUUUCAGUUCUGAAUAGACACUAGUGUUGAGAUGGCUGUCUGUCAUGAUAGCAUGCACUGAGUCGGGGCCAGUACCAGAUAAGCACAUUAAACUAUAAUCCAUAAACGUAAGGCAACAACCGAGACCUAAUGGUGCUGCGACAGCAACGUGAUAGAGUUUGAGACAGUGAAAAUACAUAUGGUAUGUUGUAUCUGAACAGGUUAGCUUACGAGCUAAAGUUACUUAGCACAGAUGAAAGAUAAAACAAAGACGUUUAGCAAUAUUACGUUUGUAAUAUCUGUGUUUUUAUCAAAAAGCACUCUGUUCUCCGACACGUAAACAAUCAGCCGGUCGGCCAUGUUGGAUAUACCGGUGAAUCUGACGUCGCAAUAAAACGAAAUCCGAUUGGUCAGAAGUGGACACACAGUAUGUGAAACUUUAGAAAAAUCGACGGUGAAACGAAAAAAAUUAAUGCCGCAAUAUCGCAGGACGGGAAAACGUCGCUGAUGUGAGCGCUUGUAUUGACAGGAUACGGGUUGAAAAAAAAAAUUGAUGUCCGAAAUAAUCGCACAAAAAAAAACGGUCCCGGAGUGAGAGGACCUUUAGAGCUCCCUAAAGCCUGAGGCAGGGAGAGCACUAGCAAAAACAUGCAAUUUGAGGUUUUAUUCAAAGCAAGAGUAGGACUUAAAAGUAAUUUAGUUACACCCUUUUUUAUGCCACGAGAACCUUGUAUUACAGGUGCUCUUUGUGUUUUUAUAUCUUGUCAAACACAUGAUAAAAUGAUGGACAAAAACAGCCAAGUGAAGGGAGGGUACAAGGCAGCACUAAACUGACAAGACCUCCAUAUAUGGUCAAAAUCACUGAGCUCUAGACUGAUACAAAUACAGUUUAAAUAUACAGAUACAUACUGUAUAUAUACAUCCAUGUUUUAAAGGAUUAUUAUGCUAUAAACAAAGAAUAUGAACAGCCAGAAGACAGAGACUUGACUGAGUUCAAACAGCCGUUUCCAUCAUGAGGCUCGUCUGGAAAAUAUGCACAUUUCAGCAUGAAUGUUGGCAGGGACUGAGGGAGAGUUGAAAUAUUCAAAGAUGUAGUUCACAGAAUCAGGCUCUCGUUUCUCUUCACUUUUUUAGGGUUUUUCGUCCCCGGUUUCCCAAAGCUGAUGCGAUUCCAGGAGCAUCACGACCGCAUCCUAAAGAAGAUGAUGCCCAAACUGAAGCAACACCUGGUGAGACACACGGACCUGCUGUAGCUUUUAAUAAUGCAGCAAGUGCUGAAACCAGCUCUGAAUAAUGCAGGAAGAGCUCGUUACAGCAGAAAUAAACCCUCUGUCCAAAUAAAACCGGAGGAUAAUGUUAAUAACACAAUAAAUUAUUUAUCCCACUCUUAGCUCACCCUCAUAAAUUAAUGCUGUUGUUUUAACAGUCAUGUUGAUAGGUGACGCUCUCCCCUGCAGCUCACAGCGCAGUAAAUACAUUUAAUACUGGUUUUGUUUGUGGUGCAGGACAACCAGGAGGUGUUCACCAGCCUGUACACCAUGAAGUGGUUCUUUCAGUGCUUCCUGGACAGAGUGAGUACAUCAGCAGUGAACUGGACACAGAGCUGCUUCUGUUGGCUGUGUCUUUUUAAAACCCACUGGAACAUUACUUUUCCAAAUCCAAGCCUCCAGUGUUUCAUUUUUUUAUGUGGAUUUAAUCCUCCCGAGUCUUAAAAUCCCUGUGAAUGUUUUCUUCUUAACAAAACAUGAUUUCAAUUUAUAUUUGUAUUUCCAGCCCAUCAAAACAAAAGUUCAUCCUCAUCUUCCAAUCAUGGAUCCUCUAACAUUUUCUUCUGUUUGUGUUCAGACGCCGUUCACCCUCACCCUGAGGAUCUGGGACAUUUACAUUUUGGAGGGUGAAAGAAUACUUCCGGCCAUGUCCUACACCAUCCUCAGACUGCACAAGAGUAAGAUUAGUUAUUGUAUUCUUCUUCUUUAUUUCUUCUUCUCAUAGUUCGGCAGAGUCCGAUAAGUAAGUGUAUGUGAUCUCCAGAGCAUCUGAUGAAGCUGACCAUGGAGGAGCUGGUGGAGUUCCUGCAGGCCACCCUGUCCAAAGAUUUCUUCUUCGAGGACGACUUCGUGGUCGAGCAGCUGCAGGCGUCCGUGUCGGAGCUGAGGAGGGCCAAGCUGGAACUGCCGGCUCCAGGUACCAAUUCGACCAAACAGACACACAUACAUGUACAGUAUAAACCGGAUGUAACACAAAAAGAAGGAUUUUCUGGUGAUGAUUGGUGGUUAUGUGGCUGUAAUAGAGAGAGCUGCAGAUCAUUAAACCUCUCUGUUCUCGUUACACUUCACUGUGAAUCAUGAAAAACUGAUUAAUGGAAACAUUUAGCAAUAAAGAAACAAACAUUUUUAUUAGAUUUUUCAUUUUUUAAUCAGUUCUGAAGUUUGAGUAACCUGAAAAGAGUGAAGCGACAAACUAAUACAGAAGAAAAUUACAUUUAACCAAUCAAGUCACACGAGUACAGUCUCUCAAACUGCUCAAACUAUCCAGACAAACAAACCCCCUGAUGCUUAUUAAUUCUGCACGUUUUCCAUGAUUUCCUGCUGUCCUCCAGCGUAUAUCUGCCUUUAGCUUCAGUGUGUUUCUAAUCUUGCUCUGUCUCCUCAUUAAUCUGCUUUCUCUCCCUCUCCUUUCGAACAAUGUUAGCCAACAACAACAAAAACGUGGCCGUGAGUGGGGGCCACAUCCCCUCCUACAACAGUAACCGGUGGGCUAUCCUGACUGGUCUUCCCCUCUCCAUGUCUCUGUUCAUCUGUCCUUCAGUCAGUCAGUCAGUCUGUCCUGUCCGUCUUCUGUCUGUCCCACAGCACUCCGGUUUCCUCCUUCACAAACUAUCGUCUUCCAGCUGCGUUUUUACCGCCCGUUUGUGAUAUAUUUGCUCCUUCUUGCUUCUCUGAAGUGCUGAAGUUGCUUCCUGUCCUCUUCUCUUUAAAUCUUUUUAAGUUUUUGACGUUCAGCUCUUUUAUUUUUGAAUCAAAGUGGCUGCAAAUGUAGAAACUGACCUCUGUCCACUAAAGUUUGAGGUGCACGUGUGCCCUCUGGUGGCCGUUUAAAGGCACUGCAUUGUCCUGUUUUGAACUGGGUACGUUUUUGUUUAGUUGCUCUUUAUGGAAGUUUUAGUGGACAAAUGAUCUUUACUUCUGCUUCUUAAACCCGCAGACUCUUCCUAAAUAUUCUGACUUUUAUGCUGGAAAAACUCACCGCUUAAUUGACACUUUUUUUUUUCAAGUGAGACAUGUUUUUGGAUCAGCACCCGUCCUAAAUGGUCUUUCUUGGGUUUCCUGUGCCUAGUAGUCCACUUGUACGUCCUUCAUAACAGCAGUAGCCACUUUUUUUGUACAAAGUUUUAGUUUUAGAGCUGUAAGAGUGGAAAGAACCAGAACUUUCCUCUCGUUCAGAGCCCACACAGCUACAACAGUAGCUGUCUGCUGGAUGACACGAUAAUGAGACACUUUUCCAACACUGGAGGCUUUUGUUGAACUUCUGUUUAACUGCCAUCUGCUGCCACAGUCGCUAACAUGCUUUGGGGAGAUAUAUACUGUACAUUUUUAAUCUGCUUUCUUCUUUUCAUGGAUUAAAUGAACUGAGAAGAAAUGACAGCUGUUUUAUGGGUGUUAGAUCUCGAAGUUCAGUCGGCUGAGUUUUAGUUGGAUAAAGUCUGCCGUGAGUUGGCUGUCCCUCCUCUCUUUACUUUGUAGUUAAUUGAAGCAGAGUCUGGAUUUGGCUCGUUUCUGUCACUAACUCCUGAAAAACCAGAGUGUGCACAAAACUGUGUGCCUAUUUUCUAGAAACUUUCGUCAGCCAAUAGUGUGUGCUGGUAUUCAGUAUCAUGAGAUGAUGUGCUGAUCUUUUCUGUUGUGUAGAAAAGCUCUUGGAUGUCAUGGCAACACUUGCUAACAGUCUCACGAAACGAGUGGAUUUUACUGUAAGUCAGUACCCCAUAUUAUUAUAUUCUUAAGACCGAUAUCAUCUGCACAACACUAUUAUUGUACUAAGUGGAAGGCUUCAAUGAGGGAAAUGUUAACCCUAAAGAUUAAAGGGAUAUUCCGGUGUAAAAUUAGUUUAGGGUCAAACACACUGUAACACCAAGUUAGACACCCCCUCGAGAGAUGAAUGUUGCCGACCGCUUGCUUCUCAAGUUAUACCAAUCAUUCCUUUAUCAUUUCCUUGAAGUGAUAAUCACCAUCAUAAUCAUAAUCAUAAACCAUAAUCAUUUUGCACUGCCGACGCGGUAGUUCUUCUGCCUUAGUAUCUUGGUCUGAUUGCAUUUCCAUGAAGAAAUGAUCAUAAAUGUUCUUCCUUGAGCUGCGUCACCCCGCAGCAGUCCAUAAUGGACUGGCCCGAGGUCUCGCUACAAACAAGCGGCUGCUGGAAGAGAGUAGGUAGGUUGUGUUUAGUCUCUUUGCUAUAGAAAUAAGGCAAAGUUAAAAAGAUCUUUGGUGGCUAGUGCUGUGGCUAGGACCCUAUAUGUACUGUUGAUGAAGUUAGGUGCUGUUCUGAGCAUUAUUUGUGGCUAUAGAGUGGUGUUUUGGUUGAGGUUUGUUUAUGGCUCCUCAGACCACUCUGUAUUGCUAUCGUGCGGUCGUUACUAAAGUUGGUAUAACUAGAGAAGCAAGCGGUCGGCAACAUUCAUCUCUUAAGGGGGUGUCUACAGAGAGCACUGUAAUGCUCAAGUAGGGUAAGAAAUGGUUUAUUCAUGGAAGGUUUCUUCAGCUACAACCUCCAGUGAAAAAAAUACAGAUAAAUAUGAAGCCAAUGCAGGAGUACAAAAAUGUGUCUUCCUUGAGUGCCAUUGACACCAUGUUAUGCCUGUUUGUACAACAGAAUUAAACAUGUUUGGGCUUCAUAACACCUCUUAAAAAUCUAAUUGGUAACCUUACAGAGAGUAUGUGGUUUAUGUUUCAUACAGGAGCUCACUGAGAAAGUAUGACUCAGCUUUUAUAUUACUUAUUAAUCAUGUGUUUGGGGUUUAAAGGCCAAAAGUUUGUAAUUUUUUUCUUCAUAUUGUCAGUGUUUCGGUAGCUUAGGUUACUCCCCCAGGUUGAUGUCACCCAAUCCUGCAAGAGAGAAAGAGAAAUGAUCUCUGAAUAAGGUCAUAGAUACUUAAGUUUCAGCACAUCAAGUUCACUCCCAGGCUUACUCCCACAGCACUCACUGUUCCUCUAGCUGACUCCCCCAAAACAAAACAACCAUCACUUUCUGCUCACCGUAUAUAUUCUUGUCAACUGUACUUUUUAUUUAUUUUUGACACAAAGUGGUAAAUUGAAUAAUAAAUGUAAGAACCCAUAGUAUAAACUGAGCAAUGACUUACCCUUGUGAAGAAUUUUUUUUGUAACUUUAUAUGUUCUUAAAAGUUUGAGAACAUGUAAUAAGGUUAAUUAAUCAAAAAGAUAUCCCACGUGGCCUUUUGAGUAAGAGGCCACCGCUAACGUUUAUUUUAGUCCAAUGAAAACGUGUCAACUCAAAUAGGUAUUACUUCCAGGGUGGGUGAAAAUAAAACACUGAUGAUUUUUAUGUUCUUUAACGUUUGCUUGUGAAGAUUUGGUUCUAUGUUGUCAUGAAUGUAAUCCUCCUUUAUUUUGACCUCUCUAUGGCGGUGGUGUUGCAUGACUCCAUGUCCCUGUUGUGACUCUUCAUCCGAUGUGAAUCAGCACCACAGUGUCUUAACCAUCACUGUCUCUCCGGUUCCUUGGUGAUGUUCUAAAACUUUCCACUGUUUUUGGUCUCGCAGGUAAAGAUGAAGAGUUUCCUAAGAAGCCUCUCGGGCAGCUUCCUCCUGAGGUGACAGUAGAUGCGGCCAACCAUGUGGGUAACGGUCAAAGCCACGUUGAGCCAGUCGAACCUCCAAGGGACCCAAGUCCUGUGCCUGACCGUCAACGUGAUAGUCGUCCCCCAAGCCGCGCACGCCGGGACUCGCUGGACAAAACAAUUCGCCACCACAAGGCUGAAAGGAGGGAUGUCCGCUCAAGGGGAUCUGGGGAGAUCCCCAAUGAGCACCAAAGGCAGUCCAACUCCACCACACCGGAGAGGGGAACAACACCAACUCCAGCCCCUACACCAACACCACAGAUCAACACCACAGAAAGACGGAAGCAUCAGAGCCACGCCACCGCCAACCACAACUCCAACGCAGCCUCAAGUUCUCACAAGGAAAUCACCCCACGCUGGUUCAAACCUUCUGAGACUAAGCUGGAGGCAGCCAAAGCAGCAGCAGCGCGAGAAGGCCAUCGUGGCCGAGGGGUCUCACCUGCCCCGUCCAGCCCUGAAGAUCCUGCUUUACUCAACCGCCGGCCACGCUCAAAGGGCUUCGUCCCCGGGUCCGACCGUGGCUCUAACGCCUCCCAGUAUGACAAUGUACCAGGACUGCCAGAGCAAGAGUUUGAGAUCCUGGAGCUUGAGAGACCUCCGUCCAGAAUGAGGGCCCCUCGCAGUGAAACACCUUUCAGUGUAUCGUCCAUCCAACCAGGCAGCCCAAAUCGUGGACCAAGCCUUGCAGGUAGUGUUGUUUCUGUUGCAUCAGUGCCCAGGAUGCCCAAACACCCUGUCCCUCCUCCACUGUCCCUCAACAGUCCAGCCAGGAUCCAGACCGGUUACCCUGGCAACCACAGCCAGUACCACACUCCACCCCAGCAGCAUUCUCCAGGAAGACCCACUACUGAGGUCCCCAUUUUACAUCCGGCCUAUAGUGUGAGCUUGGACCACAGAGGGGAAGACAGACUGUAUCCUCCUCCAACUAGGUUUACCCCACUUUCCAGCUUGGUGUAUGGGGAACGAUUAUACGCCACCACUCACAGACCAACCAACAAUCUUUCUCCUGAGAAGGCUCUCAUGAACAACUCUUACACCACCUACCGCAGGCAACCGCCACCCAACUCCACCCAUAACACCCGGCAUGCCAGGCCUCACCCGGAGCACUCCCUGCAGCUGGAAACCCAGGGAAGCUCCACCCCUAUCUACCUGCAACAGCUCACCUCGACCUCACAGGUCCACGCGCCGGUAGACUAUAGGUUUGAGGGGCAUAGGAGAGUUGACGCAAACCCAUCCUAUCACCAAGAAGGCGGACCUCGGCGGCUUGUAGACGGACUCACAUGGGCACCAGAGAGUGAGCUGCCCCCUCCUUCUCCGGGAGGUAUGCCACGCUCCCCCAGCUUCCAACGUGCCCAAAUGUCCCCUGUUCAGGAAUUUACAUUUCCUGACAACCCCGACAGCCUGCAUCACUACAGGACACAGUUCCAGGAGCAGCAGCCUGUCAUAAGGCAACAGCUCCCCCAGCUGUUUGGAGGACCACACUACAGGCACGCACAGGAGGCGUUUGCAAUGCAGGAGUCCAUGCUGCUGUGAAUGGAACGAGUAAGACACUGUAAAAAAAAAAAAAAAAACUGAAGAGUAGUCACCGACACUGUGCUAAAGACGAGCAGUGGUCCUAGCUCUGUUAGGGACCUGGUUUCGCUCUGCUCUUUUGUUCUUUAUGUGUGAAGUACUGACCUUCUGACUGUCACGCUGCAUCCAAAAGUUGCAGGACACACCAGCCUCUGAUGUUUUUACUGAUAACUUUAAAAGAGAAAAGGAAAAACUGACUGAAGACUUAAUUUUAUUUUUGGAUGUAAAUCAUUACGGAGAGAGGCGACAGUAUAUAUCUUUUAGAGUGAUAUGUACAGUGGAUUAUUUGUUAAAAUGCUGAGUUGUUAUCAGUAGCAGGGGAACAUUCUCCUGAGAGAAAAUCCUGAUUUAUUUUCCAUCUUUAUUUUUUUAUAUGUUACUUUCAGAUAUUUACAUUAGAAAUGAAUUCACUCUAUAUGCUUGUGAAUGUUAUUUUUCUUGAAAGAGAAGAAAUGAAACCAUACCCAAUGAUAGGAUUAGAGAGCAGUGAUAAAAGGUCACUGUGAUAGUCAUGAUUUCCGGUUUGAAAUGCCUCCACUGUAGAAAAAACUGUUUUUGAUUUUAGUUUUAGUUUUUAAUAUUGCUUUCCUGAUAAACUGACGUGCAAUUAAUUUCUCUUUCAUGCUUGAAGUACAGUACUUAAGAAAAUAAAUGGUCUUGGGGCCAGCGUAGUUUUUGAUUCAAUCCACACCCUUGAAUAGACUCAGAAACAGAGUUAAUUUAUGAGGGCUAAUUAUCUGUAUUUUGUUUGAAAAAAAAACAUCUGAUUUGCUUUGUAAUUAUAGGUAACAUGUUUUGUUUUUUUUUAUUAUUAUUGCUGUACUUGAGCACAUGCAGCCAGAGAGGGAUGUGAACCAGUUUCAGUUUGCUUUACUUCAUUAUGUCUUAUUAUUCUCAACACUGUCAUAUCAACUACUGCUCAGCUGCUGGCACUUCUACUGGCAAACAGUCAUCUGGCACACACAUAUACACACACUACAAGUAAUCAAUGUGUAAGUCACACAUUUCAACAUUUAUCAUUCCUUUUUAUUACCAUUCUUCAUACUCUGGUUGUGCAUCAGAAACAGUAUUGUUUUACUGUUCAUAACAUUCCUUAAGUUAUCUUUGUUUUUUUGUCAAAUAACUAAUUGCAGAACAUUCUGAUACUUUGCUUAAUAAAAUGAUGUGGGUUGAAAAUUUC